AUGGCCAGUGCCUUUCAGCACCGCGUCCGCCUGGUUGUUCCUCCAAGUGUUCUGGAACGACGCUCCCUGGUCAAAUGGGCUAUGCUAGCUGGGGGCUGAUGGGAGAGGGAUUCCCCAAACACCCGGAAGGGCCACCUGGUGCGGUACCCUGAAUCUCAGCUGCAGAGAGGAGACGCUCCGGAGUCACCCUAAGAGGGGCGAUGCCUGAGCGCGUCUCUUUGCGCUCCCUUCGGCCCCGCCGUUGCAAUGCAGAGAGGAUGCAGCGAGGAAGCCGCCGCCGCCGCCCUGCUUUGCUGGAAGCCAAGCGGCUGCAAGGGAGAAGAAGAGCAGGCCGGCCCGCUCAAAACUUCCUUCCCAAGCUGGCAUGGCCCCUCCUUUCCCCGAAUCGGGCCUCCUCCUUCCCCCCAUCUCUCCUGCCCGCCUCCAGGCUUCCCUUUGCUGGCGUGUGUGUUUGUGCGUCUUGCUUCACGCUCCUGGCCCUGGGCAAACGCCCAUUUUUAUGGAAGGAGGAGUUUGGCAGGGAGGAGUCGCUGCUCUGCGAAUUGGCAGCGAUAGCGGGACUCUGGGCGGGUUGCAGAGGGCGGGGAGGGGGGGUGAAGCUACGCUCGCUUGCUUGCCUGCCUGCCUGGGCUUCCCCCUCCCGCCCCCCGGUUCCUGUCUGCGCUUCUUCGGCUUGCAAAAGGUUGCCUUGACGCGGAGCCAGGCCGAGGCAACGAUCUAGGCACAGGUAAAAUGAAAUGAACAGCUUUGGGGAGCUGCAGUGGGCUUGGGAGGGGGCUAUUUUAAGUGCGGGCGCUGGAGGCUUGGAAGCAGCUGAGAGCGCGGGUCGGGUGGGGGCGAAGGGGAAGGAGUUGCAUUUCUGCUAUUAUUUAAUAAAGCGCCUCCGCCUCUUGCACAACUCCAGCCCUCCUGCGGGACGGAGUUUCCGCCGCCCUGGCGGAUCAGGUCCUUUUCUGUACCGCUUCCAAUUGACCCGAAUUGUUGCAGUGGGGGGUGAUAAGGAAUACAGAGCCCCAGUUUCGUUUCCCCGAAAGGAAGGAGGUGCGUAAGUUUAGCACCCUCUUUGCGCCGCCACCCCCAAAAAGAAGGGCUUAAUCACGGCCAGGAUUCUCUGCCAAGGAAACUCUUUUCGGCGAGAUCCAGUGUGACGUUAAGAGUGGGGAAGACGUCACCUCUGAGCAUGUGCAGAGAGGUUUCUUUUCCUCAGAGCCAGACCCUGCAACACAUGCAGAGUUCCAGAGGAGAGAUCAGAUUCUUAAAAAUUAUAGACAUUUCCAAUGUGGGUCGAAAAAUAUAUAUGCAGCUUAACUUAACACAUUCAAAAGGGUGGCAGGACUAGUCUGUCUCCGCAAGAACAAGAGUUUUGCAGGCACAAAUCUCUUGGUUGUGGCUGAGCUAGGAAAAGCUAACCUUGAAAAGAGGGUUAAUGGCUAUGUUCCAAGCUCCUUUGUCUAAAAUGUUUUGGAAAUAAUUACUGCUAUUAAAACCAAUCAAGCCUGGUGCUGCCGUCAAAAACGGUCUUCUACUGCCAUAGGUGCUCUUAAGUUACAAAGCUGAGCUUAGUUCUGCAUGCGGGGGGGGGGGCAGGCUCCCCAGAAAGGGAGCUGCUGCCAGUCAGUGCAGACAGGCUGGAGCUAGAUAGACAACUGGCCUGACUCAGUACGAAGCUAGUUUCCUUUUUUGCUUACGGCCAACUCGGUUAGGAAGGUCUGUCUUAAUUCCCAUUGUAGAUGGAGCUGAGAGCAGUACAGCAAAGAACAGAUAAGGAGAUACUACAUUUGGGGCGAGGAGGGGGGGUAGUUGAGGAAGGUGUCACUCUUAAAGCCUAGCAACAGUUGGAGAAGCACUGCAUUCAGGAGUGUGACGAAAUUAGGUACUUUCCACUCCACAUGGAAUUACCUUGGAGGAUUUACCGGCAGAAGGAUGUAACAGUGGCUGCCAGUUGUUUAAACAAGGUAUUACCUAAUUCCAGUGGAACUCCCAGUUCCAGAGGCAGUGUUUCUGAACACCAGUCACUGGGGAUUGCAAGAGGGGAGAGUUGCUGUAGCGAUCAGGUCCUGCUUUCAGGCUUCCCUUGGGCAUCUAACUUGGGGGUUGGACUAGGUGAGCCUCGGGUCCCUUCCAACUCUACAAUUCUGUUCUCUGAUCUGGUUGGCUGCUCUAAGAACAAGAUGCUGGACCCUGAAGGGCCAUUGGACUCCUCUGGCAGCCAGGCUUUUCUGGUGUUCUUAGUUGCUGGAUGUUGCCAUCAUGCUUGGCUUGUGGGCUUCUGAGAACCCUCUGGCCACUGUUGGGAACAGGAUCUUGGCUUGCGUGGAUCUUUGGUGGGGCUCUUCUGCCAAUGGAAGAGGGGAUUUACAGGGAGCAUGGGUUCCUCACUAGUGUUCGAAAUUAGCCAGGCGCCAGGCGCAUUUUGCACCUGGCUUUCAACCACUUGCAACCAAGAGAAGAUGCCUGGGUACCAGGAGGGCGCCUGACAUCUCCACCAACUGGGGAUCAUUGAAUCUGGAUUGCUUUCACACACUAAUACCCCGUUCUGAAGUAUUCAAUCAGUUACAUUUUAUUUGCGCAAUCGGAAUUAAUUUCAGGAACCCAAAUGCUUUUUCUGUGCAGCCAGAGCAGGAGCAGGAGCCAUUAAGAAACAAAGGUCAAUAGAUGGGCCAACACACUGACUCAGUACAGUGUUACCUCGGGUUACAGACGCUUCAGGUUACAGACUCCGCUAACCCAGAAAUAGUACCUCGGGUUAAGAACUUUGCUUUAGGAUGAGAACAGAAAUAAUGCUCCGGUGGCGCAGCGGCAGCAGGAGGCCCCAUUAGCUAAAGUGGUGCUUCAGGUUAAGAACGCACCUCUGGAACAAGAACUUUCAAUUGAAGAUCUCCUCUUUAACCCUCGCCAGGCAGCAACCCUGUAGAUAAGCCUGUGAUUAGUAUUGGGUCUGUUUGUUUGUUGGUUUGUUUUGCUGGCCUGGUUUCCAUGCUAGCUGUGUAGGAAGGGAAGCGCCUUGACUUUUAACAGCCAGCAGGGAAAGCAUUCCCAAGUAAGCUGUUGAAGGAGGGAUGGUUGACUCCCUCACUCUUCCACCAGCCAGGCCAAACGCAAGAGAGCCCCUUUCUCUGCAGCACAAUAUAGAAACACAGUGGGCUGGCUUCCCUUUCUUGUUGCUACUUUUGGAAGGGGCCGUGGUUAAGUGGAAGAGCACCUGCUUUGCAUGCAGAAGGUUCCAGGUUCGAUCCUCAGCAGCGGCCUCUCUCCUGCCUGCAGCCCCAGAGAGCUGCUGCCAAUCAAUGUGUAGACCAGGGGUCAGCAAACUUUUUCAGCCGGGGGCCAGUCCACUGCCUCUCAGACCUUGUGGGGGGCCGGACUAUAUUUGGGGUGGUGGGGGGAUGAACGAAUUCCUAUGCACACCAGGCAGGUCUCACAAAUAACCCACCAAUGCAUUUUAAAAGGACACAUUCCAUUAGGCCAGACAGUAUUGUAGAUGAUAAAAAUUAAAAUUAUUUUUUUCCCUAACAUCCACUGAUGAUAGUCAUUGUUUGGAUGGGGAGGCCCUCGCCUGGGCUUGGUGCUGUUUUGCGGCCUGCUAGGCCUCCUGCUGCCAGCACCUCUUCCGCACUUCAGGGGUGGGAUGGGGGCCCUCCUGCUGGUAGCAGAAGCCCAAUUGCUGCCACGCCGGCAGCAGGGUGAGCCCCAAACUGAGGGAAGGCUUCAGAGGCCUUCCCUCAGUCCGGAGCCUUCCCGCCAGUAGCAGAGGCCCGAUGACUGGGCAGCCGCUGAUCACAUGCAGCCACCGCCUGCCCAUUGGCCAGGCCUCAAGCAGCUUUGCAGGCGAUUGGCUGCGACUGGCGCCCGCCUUUGCUCGCAGGAGGGAGGGAGGAGGCGCCGCCGCAAUGUGUGAGAGGGAGAUGGGGGAGAAAUGGCGGCGCAGCGGGGGAAAUGGCGGCCGAAAAAACAAACAAACAAAAACCCACGCCGUUUGCGGGCUUGAUCUUGAAGGCAACUGGGCCGGAUCCAGCCCACAGGCCGUAGUUUGCUGACCCCUAGUGUAGACAGUAUUGAGCUAGACAGACCCAAUGGAUCUCACCUGGCAUAAGGCAGUGUUUGAAUGCUGCAAAGCAUGAGACUCUGGGUCGUGGGUUCAAGCGCCACAUUGGGCAAAAGAUUCCUGCAUUGCAGGGGGUUGGAUUGGAUGACCCUCGUGGUCCCAUUCAACUCUAAAAUUCUACAAUUCUAUGAUAAUAAGAGGAAAUGCAGUAGAUUGUUGUAGCAGGUGGGAAAAGUAGACCGGGAUCUUGCACCUUGCAUAGUGGUGUAGAAGAUGGAACUUCUGCUGACAGAGCCUUUUUUAGGACAUGGUGGAAUGUGCAAUUGAUAUGGGCAGGCCGAAUGAGGAUUUGAACCCCAGUCUUCUUUCUCCUGGUCACAUGAAGUUUUGACCACUGGCUUUCUUCACUCCAUCUUACUAGCAAGUCUUAGUGGCCCUCUUGUAGCCAGGAGACUCAGCCAUGGAACUUAGAAAGCAGGCGAAUGGGAAGGAAGGGCCAUAGGUAGCUCAGUUGGUAGAGCAUUGGACUCUUAAUCUCCAGGUCGUGGGUUCGAGCCCCACCUUGGGCAAAAGAUUCCUGCAUUGCAGGGGGCUGGACUGGAUGACCCUCGGGGUCCCUUCCAACUCUACAAUUCUGUGAUUCUAAGAACUCAGUGGCAAAGCAUCUGUCUUGCAUCCAGGAGGCCCCUUGUUCAAUCCCCAGGCAUGACUAGUGGUGCCCUCUGUCUGAAACCCUGAAGAGCUGCUGCUGCUGCCAGUGUGUGUAGACAACACUCGACUAGAUGCACCAAGUAGUGCAAGGCAACUUUCUGAAUAUGAAAGAAUGACUCUUCUGUGCCCUCAUAAAGGCAGUAUUUUGCCUCCAGCAUAGCAAAGCUAGAAAGAGCAUGAAAUUUUCCCACUUGUAGCAGGAGAGUCUCGCCCUUCGUUUGAGUCUCCUGUUCUGUUGUCAGGUUUUUGAUGGUGAGAGAGAGAAAGUGAGAACUGUAUCAACUCUCAAAGAAGGAGGAAACAGUAGGCUCUAAACAAUUGAAUUAUAUUAUCAAGCUCCUUUCCUCUGUCGCUUACCACCACAGAGUACAUUGAACUCGUUCCCCUGUGAAAAAAUAGCAGAAUGCAUGUUGUGGUCAUUUUAUGGUGUCAUUGUUUGGGGAAAAAACAUGUUUGCCUCUUUUCCUGAGUAUCCACAGCGGUUUUUCUUUCUGCUCACAGAUGACUGAGCAGGGUGGGGGGAAUUAGCAAGGACUUGGGUAGACGCAGAAACUUUUUGUAGACCUACUCGCAACGCUUACUCUUCUUGAACUCUGACAUUUGUUGCAAUGACUUACAAAAGGCGAAGAAUCUUUGUUUCUGUUCAGCUUUGGUACAGCUUUGUUGCAAACUGCCCUGUUUCCAUCUCUCUCUCUCUCCCCCUUCCCCACCCCACUUUGGUGGUUCUUAAUUUCAUUCAGAUAGUUUCAUACUAUAGAGCUCUACCUCCAGUUGUCAGAAGCACUGCGCCUCUGAAGAACAGCUGGUGGGCAUUGCAGGUGAGGGAGAUGCUGUUGCGUUGAGGUUCUGUUUGCAGGAUUUCCAUGGGCACCUGGGCCUUAGGCUUGACCUGACGGAGCUCUUUUGAUGUUAACCCACACAGCUGAAGGCCCACCAUUAGCCUGACCAGUGGCCUUGUCAAGUGUCUGAAGCAAGCAGUCAAAACCAGAUUGAUCUCCUGGUGGAGCACCACGAAGGCCUGCACUUCGAUUGAUGCCUUGCAAGUUGGGCAGGCCUCUGCUGUGCUGUGGUUAAGAGUUGUUUGGAAACCAGGAAGAGACGUUUGCAUUAAUUAUAGUUAAGCAUUAUAUCCGCAUCAAGGAAACAGUAGCGUGGUGUUCUGCUUUUCUCAGACCUCGCCAGGAAUACGAUUCGCUGUUCUGGGCAUGGCAGUUUAAGGAGGGUACAGUGGUACCUCGGGUUAAGAACUUAAUUCAUUCUGGAGGUCCGUUCUUAACCUGAAACUGUUCUUAACCUGAGGUACCACUUUAGCUAAUGGGGCCUCUUGCUGCUGCCACGCUGCCGCCGCAUGAUUUCUGUUCUUAUCCUGAAGCAAAGUUCUUAACCUGAGUUACUAUUUCUGGGUUAGCGGAGUCUGUAACCUGAAGCGUCUGUAACCUGAAGCAUCUAUAACCCGAGGUACCACUGUAUUGUCAAACUGGAAUGUGUCCAGACUGUCACUGACCUUCCAUAUGUCUUUGAUCACAACUCUCAUCAGCCCCAGUUAGCGUGGCUAUAGUCCCAUCCACUCUGGCAUCAUACAGGUGUGCUGGUGGGAGCUGUAAUCCCAAACAUUGGCUUGGCAAAGGCUGGUCCAGAAGAAGGUGGGAAAGAUGGUGUAAGGAGGCUGGAGAUCAAGUCUGGUAGUGCAGGGUUGACAGAGUUGGGUAUGCUUUAGCCUGGAGAAGGCACCCUGUAGAGGCAACACAUCACCUUCGCCUGUUGCCCUGGCUCAACAAAUCCACUUCAGAAACAAAAGCGGGACUUUCUGAAGUUAGAAAAGUUCAGUGCUUUUAUUUUUUUUCUGGGGGGACACAGAGGUAUGCAUACCCCUAAACAUUUUGUGAAUCUAAGUUUGGCCUCAUUGAGGGGCAGUAUUUCAAUACGAGUAGGAAAAUGAGAGUACCCCUAAACAUUUUUUUAAAGAAAAAAAGCACUGGAAAAGUUUAUGAGGAAUUGAAUUGAAAAAUGUGGGAUUUGUUGGUACCCGUCUUUCUCGAGAGACAAUAGAGUGCACCUCCAGGGGGGGAAGUUAAACCACUGCGUUAGCAGCAAUGAAGCAGCCUCCAAAAUUUUGCCAAGCGCAUUUUGCACCUGCCACUUGCAACACAUCCUGUAGAAUUCUAUCUGAUCUGCACAAUCAGAAUGAAUUUCAGGAAUUCAAAGUCUUGCGUGUCUGCUGGAAAAUGGGCAGUGACGGAGCAGCUGGAUCUGUCUAGGCUAAGAGAAUAUUCUGUCAUCCGUUGUGUCAGAGUGAGGGUGUCAGAGUCCCUUGUUGUCACCAAUCCUUUGCCUGAGGGGGGAAACGAUGCAAAGGGCCUUCAGAGGUGAGCAAUCUUCUUGAGCCACUGAAACACAGCCUCAGGCUAACCUUGGAUGUCAUCAAGGCACAAUAAACCCAGUGAACCACGGUUAUAUCUACCCCAGGCCAGGCUUAAGGAGGUGGUUUCCAGUUUAGUAGGGGGCGGAAAUUAACAAGCUUUUCUCUUCCCGGUAGUCUGUUGGUGGUAAUGUAUAUAAAGCCGUGCAUAAUCUUAUUUGUGGGGAAAUGGAGAGGAUCUCUUUCCAUAUGUCUCUAGGCUUAAAGCAAAUGAGGGCAGGUUUGCGUUUUGUCUUGAUGGUGGUUAGAAACAAGGCCUUGAUAUGAAUAGUUGAACAGCGGUGCUACAGAUGUAGUGCUUUACAGUCCUUUAGUGAUAUCUGUUUACAAUAUAAAAAUAUAAAAAUACAUACUAUUUAAAAAAACCCACACACCUCUCCCAUAGGUGGCAAUAUGAGCUCCCCCCAGAAGCUGCAGGGAGGGUGGGGUGUAAUUUUGUCAGUGUCACAACUCGGGAGUGCGAAGCCCGCAGUCCUCUUGCUGUACUGUGAUUUAAUUUACUCAUUUUAUUUCAUUUAACACUAUUUACAUACUGCUUGGUUGUAAAUAAAACCUCUAAGCACUUUGCAAACAGAAAAGGCAAACAUCGAAAUUGUCAAUAAAAUAAAAAGUUAAAAACAGAUUUAAAAAAAAAAAGUUCAAAAAAUGUAAUUAAUAUCAACAGUUCAGUUAAGAGCAGAUUAAACCACAUGCUGGCUUCUAUGCAUCGGGGUAGGUUUCCCUGAACAAAAGUAUUUUAAAGCUAAAGGUAAAGGGGCCCCUGACCAUUAGGUCCAGUUGUGACCGACUCUGGGGUUGUGGCGCUCAUCUCACUUUAUUGGCCGAGGGAGCCGGCGUUUGUCUGCAGACAGCUUCCGGGUCAUGUGGCCAGCAUGACUAAGCCGCUUCUGGUGAAGCAGAGCAGCGCACGGAAACGCUGUUUACCUUCCCGCUGGAGCAGUACCUAUUUAUCUACUUGCACUUUAUGCUUUAGAACUGCUAGGUUGGCAGGAGCAGGGACCGAGCAAUGGGAGCUCACCCCGUUGCGGGGAUUCGAACCGCCGACCUUCUGAUCGGCAAGUCCUAGGCUUAAUCCACAGUGCCACCCGCGUCCCUAAAAGUAUUUUAGCAGGUGCCUAAAAGAUUGCAGCGAAGGCACCUUGCUUGAUUGCUGAUAGGGAGUUCCAAAGAAAGAGUGCUGCCAUGCUAAAAGAUCAGUUUCUUCCAAGUGUAAAAGCAAAACUACUAUAUCUGGUUUUGCUCUAAGAAGCAAAAAGUGGUUGCCCCUAUAUCUGCUGUGCAUGCAGAGUUUCUGCAGGGUUUCAAGAAGGAAGUAUCUCCCAGCCCCACUUGGAGAUGGCAGAGAUAGAGACUGGGAUCUUUCGCAUACAAGGCAGACGCUCUACAGCCCUCGCCCUCCCUAGACGUGUGACAUACUCAUGGUUGGUCCCCAGUCUGGGAUGGCUGGCAGUUCACAGCCAGCCUUCACUUUCCAAAUUAUUAAUUUCACUUGCAAAUUGGCACUAUUUACUCAGCUGUGGGGUUUGUUUGUUUUUGGAUCUGCUCCCUGGCUCGAGGUGUCUGUGGGACUUCAUGUUCCCGGUUUUGGCACUUAUCCCUUGACUUGCAAGACAGGAGGAUCCCAGAGCAGGAUGUGCUCUGUUUUUGGAGACAACAAAGCCCAUCAUCCCUUACUAGCAGGGCCAGUGGUCAGGGAUGAUGAGAAUUGUAGUCCAAAAGCAGCUGGAGACCUAGGUUUGAGAAACCCUGCUUUGCAACAUGGAUGUGGGGCCCAUGGCCUUCCAGUUGUUGCUAGACUGCAACACCCAUCAUCCCUGACCAACGGCCAUGGUUGGCUGGGGCUGAUGGGACCUGAGAGUCCAAUAGUGUCUUGGAGGACACCAGAUCCCCCAGCCCCUGUUGUAUAAAGGAAGCAGCUGCCCCUUCUCAUCCUCUUGUACUUGAGAUCCUUCUAAGUCUGCAGUCCUGUAUGCAAGUCUCAUUGAACCGAAGACUUGCUUCUGAGUACACAGGCAUAUAAGUUUUAACAUUUUACCCCCUGAGAACCUAGAGGCAGAUUUACUAAAGUUCCCUUCAGGGAUACGUACUGCCCAUGCAAUUAUUUAGAGGAGGGGUGAUAUAACUUUGACUUUCGAGGUGUUGCUGAACAAGAACUUCCAUCUGCCCCAGCAAGCAUGGCUGACAUCUCCAGCAACACCCAAUUUAUUAAUUAAUUAGGUCUGUUGUUCUGUUCUGUGUCUGACCUGAAAUCCGUUGCUAUACAGCUUCAAAUCCUCAGAUCGGCACUUUUGAUAAACAGAUAACAUGCCCCUCCCUCGCCGGAGAAGGGGAGGUGCCAAAUUGGGGAGCUGGUGUGUUUUUCUGGAGCAACCAGUGGUUUUGCAAUAUUGACAAGAUCAGCGAUGAUUGGUGCCCAUUGAGGACUGGUGAGGUGAAAUGCAAGGAGCCCGGUUGAAGCCUGAGCCUAUGGACAAACCUUUGAACUAUACAGAGCUCUUUGUCUGCCAAACCAAAGGAUUAUAUCUGGUGCUAAUCUUACUCAGAUUAAUUGAAAUGAAUGGCUCUGCAUUAGUCAUUUCUGUUAUUUUCAGUGGGUCUACUUUGAGCAGGACUAGCACUGAAUGCAACUGGAAGCAUAUCCACUGCCCAUCACAACUUCAGUAGUUGUGAUCUUUGAAGCCAAAGUCUUCAAACACCGCCCCAGGGUUUUCUACUGUUUUUGGUGGGGGGGGAGGAAAAACAAAAGCUCUCAAAUUCUGAGCAAACGGGUCUUGUUGAUUCUUGUGUUUUGCUCACCUUUUCUCCCCCUGAUAAUACCUUUUGCAAGUCUAAACACAUUAAUUUCUUGCUCGGGUGUGGCUUUUGAGCACAGUGCGCCAGGCGCAAAAGUACGUACAAAGGAGAGGGUUGCGGCGAGGGUGACUCACUCGGAGCCGGGUUAUCUCUGUGCCUGGCUUUACCUGAAAGACCUGUCAUGAUAUUAAUGCAAAUAGAAGGGGGAAGAUAUUAACGGCUGACAAGUUUAUAAGAUUCCCUUUCUCUGCAAUCUCUUCCACCUAACCCAUUGUUGCCUUGGUCCUCUGGCUUGAAAAAUAAUGGCAGCCCUAUUAGCAUUUUGCGGGUACUGCCCUUUGGGACUGGGGUGGGUGGGCAGGAGGAGGGGAACCCCACAGGAGGCGGAGCCAGAGGCAGAGUCAACAAGAGGCAGCAGCAAUUAAUUCUAGUUUUGUCUCCAUUUUCCUCCCUGUCUGCAAAACUGAGACAGAAGAGAAGGAAGUUGACAGGCCUGCCUGUAAGUAUGAAGGCCAGCAGGUGGAUGCUGGCUGAACACCUAUUAGCCUUGCCAGGAAUUAUCUAUCUAUUUAUUCAUUAAUUCACUCAGUCACUGUCCCACUCACGAAAGUGUAGAAAUGGUGUUGUCAGAUCAGACCACCAGAAAGAGACUGGUUUUAAAGAAGAUUGGAAAACGUUUGCAGAAUACUUAAAAAUGCAGUGUAAAAAAAAUGUUAGAACGCAAAUAGGAUUUGAGUAAGAGAGCAGUGGAGGCGAACUUUUUGGUUUUUAUUGUGAGGCAGGCUUCCUCAAACUCGGCCCUCCAGAUGUUUUUGGCCUACAACUCCCAUGAUCCCUAGCUAGCAGGACCAGUGGUCAGGGAUGAUGGGAACUGUAGUCUCAAAACAUCUGGAGGGCCGAGGUUGAGGAAGCCUGUUGAGGUAAGGUGAAGGUCUAGAGUAACUAUAAUAUGCAGCAUAAAUUGAAAUUUUGAGGGAACCAUGGAGGGAAGGGAAGUUGUAGGUGGAAGGAUUGCUAAAUUUGAAAUGUUGUCGGUUUGUUUAUUUGUUGAAAACUUAUAAAAAGGAAAUUAUAAAGAAUAGAAAGUGGGGGAGGCCAUCUCUCUGGUCUGGGAUUCCUUUCUCAAGAGUGGACAGCCUCAUGGAUCCUGGAAGCGCAUGAGAUGUGACAAUCCACCCUUGCUGUUUAUUCCAAAGCCUCUGGUAUUCGGCAGUGCACUUGCCUCUGAACUUGGAGGCUCCAUUUGUCCAGUCCUUGGACGCGGGUGGCGUUGUGGGUUAAACCACAGAGUCUAUGACUUGCCGAUCAGAAGGUUGGCGGUUCGAAUUCCACGAUGGGGUGAGCUCCCGUUGCUUGGUCCCUGCUCCUGCCAACCUAGCAAUUCGAAAGCAUGUCAAAGUGCAAGUAGAUAAAUAGGUACCGCUCUGGCGGGAAGGUAAACGGCGUUUCCAUGCGCUGCUCUGGUUCACCAGAAGCGGCUUAGUCAUGCUGGCCACAUGGCUUGGAAGCUGUACGCCAGCUCCCUCGGCCAGUAAAGCGAGAUGAGCGCCGCAACCCCAGAGUCGGCCACGACUGGACCUAAUGGUCAGGGGUCCCUUUACCUUUACUUAAGUUGGUGCCCCAUUGCCUCUUGUGGAAGUGAGUUCCAUAGUUUCAGCUAUGUGCUGUGUGAAGAAGGACUUUUCUUUUGUCUGUCCUCCUGAAUUGGCUUCCGUGGAUGUCCUAGAGUUUCUAGCAUUAUGAGAAACAUAGAAAACUUUUUCUCUGUCCACUUUCUGCAUGCCUCGGGUCAUAAACGUGGCCAGAGGGUAUGGUGCUCCCAGGCUCGCCUUGCCAAGGGUGGGGUGGGUGGAUGUCUUUAUGUGCAUGCCAAAUGUCUCAUCUAAUUGACUUGUGUUGGAUUAAUCUUCUGCACAUGCACAAACUCUGUAAACCUCCCCAGACAUAGCGAAAGCCAGCCCUCCACACUGCUUUACCCAACUCACACAUACACUGCAUUCAAGAUUGCAAGAAAUAAAAUCUUUUAAAAAUCCCAUAUCUAUGAAUUUGGAAUUACAGUCGUACCUCGGCUCCAGUCGUACCUUGGGAGUUGAAUGUUCCAGCUCCCGAAUGAUCGAAAACUGGAAGUGAGUGUUCCUGUUUUCAAACGUUCUUUUGGAAGCUGAACGUCCAACAGCGCUUCUGAUGAGAAGCCGCGCUUUGGAAGUCGAACGUUUUGGAAACCAAACAGACUUCUGGAACGGAUUCUGUUUAACUUCUGAAGUACGACUGCACCAGCAAAGCAGAGGAAGAAGGAUAUUUUGCUAGACUCCAGAGUAGGGAUUGGGGAAGAAAUUGGAUCUUGUUUCCAUCUUAAGAAGAAACAACCGAAUUCACACUUGUUGAACCAAUGCAUGAACCCAGAGAUUGUUAUCCUUCAAAAUGUGCAUUUCUCUGAAAUUUGCAGUGCAGUUCUCCCACCAACCAGUGUUUACAAAAAUGUGCUUAUUAGAGGAAAGUGUGCAUAAGAAUGCAUAUAUUAGUAAAACUGAUAAAAUUGCUAGCAAAAAAAAAUAAUGUGUAUGUUAGUCAAAACAGCACACAAAAAAUUGGGUUGUAUCCAACAAAGAAUAGAUACAGUGAAAUACUCUUUGCUGAAUACAACCCAAUUUUUUCAGUUGGUCUAGAUACAGCCAUCAGUUUAUUAAGAGAAAUUGGCACUGAAACCCUGACAAAUUUCCGUAAGAAUUUUAAAAAGCACAACCAAAUUACUAGAGAAAUAUGGAGAACUGAAUUUGAGAUUCGAAAACUGAGAAACAAGAAAUGAGAGAUUCAUUUAUCCCUAGUCCGAAGAGACAAUUUUGCUGGCGUAAAGUAUUAGUAAGUCAGUGAAGAAAAUGGAUUUCUUUGGAGGGGCCUUUCCUGACGAACAGCAUUCACCAAAUAUCUGUUCUUUUUGCAAUAGAUCUAUCAUCACAUUUGCUUUAAACUUUGUGUUCAUCCCUCACCCCACACACCUUUUUCUGCAAAUCUGUGCUAAACCUUCCCCAAAGCUGGGCAGAACUCCAGAACCUGUCUUCCAGGGAUAGCCCAAAAUAUUUACAUUCCUGAGGUGGAAAUUCCUUAAUGACAUCUGCCCUCUACAGCGUUGUUGUUUUAUUUAAAAAAAUAAUAGCGGUACUGGUAAUAGAAUAAUAGUUUGGAAUAUUUCAUCCUUAUUUGUCUGUCUGUCUACUUACUGUAUUAACAGUAAGGACUUUUUUUUUUAAAGGCCUAAGUUUGUCAUGUCCAUUAAUUUCAAUGGAUCUCCUCUGAGUAGGAUUAACUUUGGAUAUGAUCCGAGGCUUCCAGGUCUGUGAGUCCCCUUUCCAGGCAAGGAUAUGUACAUAAACCCUGACAUUCCUCUCUACAAAUGAACAGCCAGCAGAACUGGCAGAAGGGAAGGUGAUCUGUCUUGCUAUUCAGCAGAUGUAGCUGUGCAAAGAGAAAGAGACACACACAGAGAGAGGCUCUGAUACAGUUGCUGAUACCAUUUUGGGCUUCUGACUGCUUGGAGCUGGAAUGCCAUGGGUAGGACAGAUGGCAUUUUGCAAGCGUUGGCAGUCUGUAGGGGUGAGUGGAUCCCUCAGUUUCGGUUUCUCAUUUUUUACAGCCUUACAGUUCUCCACAUUUCUAUAUCGGUUUGCUAUUAUUAUUAUUCGAAAGACCCACAUGGAAAUUCAUCAGCAUUUUAAAGCACUCUUCCGUAACAGACACAUUUAUUUAUUUUUGCAAAGGAGUUUCUUCAAAUAUUUAUGCAUUGUUUAUGUUAUCUUCGUUGAUAUGUGCAAUUCAAUACGCGAAAUGCAUGUUUGUAACAAGCUUUUGCAUCGCAAAAUUCAGAUAAAUGCAAAAUUCACAGGACAGCUUGAGUUUGGUUUUUUUGAAACAUGUGAAUUGAGUCAUUUGGCCUUGAAAUGCAACCUGGACCAAUUUUCUCCUCUUUCCUUAUCUGCACUCCAUGUUUGUUUAUAUUUUUUUAAAAGCACACCUCUAUGUCUACCUAACCCAAAUUCUGCUCCUAGAGAAGCUGGAUUCCACAACCCGCAUAGAUUAUGCAAAUGCAACAGAUUAGGAUAAUUGCAGUUCCGUUGCAUGGUUUCAAAGCUUCCUUCCUAACCCCUGGCUUCUGAGAUGACACGAGGCAUUGCCUGCAUUUCUCUUUCAAGGAAAGUGUGCAACAUUUGGGACUUCUUAGCAUAGAGAAGAGGCAAGUGACCAUUUACUGUAUUUAUUUUUCCUGAUUCGAACUAUAAAUGGUGGUUUUCUUGAGUCAAAAUGAGAGUACCCCUAAACUUUAUUUUUUUAGAAAAAAAGAACUGGGUAGGGGAUUUUUCUCUCUCGCUCUCUUAUAACACUCGAACUCAUGGGUGAAGCUGAAAGAAUCAGAACAGGCAGAAAAAAGGGGUGACAGUUGAAAUUUGCUCCCCCAGGAGGCAGCAAUGGCCACUAACUUGGAUGGCUUUAAAAGAGGAUUGGUGGUGCAGGAGUAGAUUGGCUUGCACGUUUGCAAAGCUAAGCAGGGUCCAGUAUGGUUUCAAAUUGGAUGGGAGACCAUGUAUUGAGAUGCUUGCAUUGCAGGGUUUGGACUUAGAUGGCCCUCAGGGUGCCUUCCAACUCUGCAAUUCAUGAAAGAUAAGGCUAUCAGUGUCUAUUGUUCCUGUUGGUGAUGCCCUGCUUCCAUCGCUGGAGGCAGUAUGCUUCUGAAAGCUAGUUGCUAGAAACUGCGAAGAGUGUUCUUCUGCUUGGGGGUCAUGCUUGGGGGCUUCCUGCAGGCAUCUGUUGGGCAGCUGUGACAGCAGGAUGCAGGAUUAGCUUGGCUUGGGCCUGAUCCAGCAAAGCUCUUCUUAUGUUCAAGCUUGUCUUCACAGCCAUAAGAGCUAGGAAGCUGAAACUUGCUUUUCUUUAAAAGCAAGCAAGAUGGGAGUCUUGGGGAAAUUGGUCUCCAGACUGCUGCCUUCGGCAUCCCCCGCCCCUUGCAUUCCUUCUGCAACCGCUGUGCUCCAGACGAGUGCAACUUGUGAGGAAGGCCUGUGACUCAGUGGCAGAGCUCGUAACGUUUUGUACAAAAAGGCUCCAUCUGCAGGCAAGGGCGUCCGACCGGCAGCAGCCCUCCAAGGUUCAGACAAGGGUCUUCCCAGCUAUGCUAGGGAUUUGACCAGUGCUCCUCCUACCACUAAGCUACAACCCUUCCUCUAAAAAUGGAAGUCAGGUGACAUCCACACCUGAUAAACCUGAAGCACUCUUAUACCAGGUGAGCAGUCAUGGACAAACCUAGAAAUAGUACAGUGGUACCUCGGGUUAAGUACUUAAUUCGUUCCGGAGGUCCAUUCUUAACCUGAAACUGUUCUUAACUUGAAGCACCACUUUAGCUAAUGAUGCCUCCUGCUGCUGCUGCACUGCCGCCGUGUGAUUUCUGUUCUCAUCCUGAAGCAAAGUUCUUAACCCGAGGUACUAUUUCUGGGUUAGCAGGGUCUGUAACCUGAAGCGUAUGUAACCUGAAGCGUAUGUAACCCGAGGUACCACUAUAGUUUGUUAAAGGUGCUGGAAGUUUGAGCUCUGUGAGGUUAAUGCUGUGAACAAACUACAGUUCCCAGCACUCUUUGGUGGAGACACUGAUGAUGUGGAUGAGAGGAGAAUAAUAAUAAUAAUAAUAAUAAUAAUACACUGAAUUAAUACACCCCAUUGUUCAGCCUGGACACAGAGAUCCAGUGCCAAGGGCCUUCUGGUGGUUCCUUCACUGCGAGAAGCAAGGUUACAGGGAACCAGGUGGAGGGCCUUCUCGGUAGAGGCACCUGCCCUGUGGAACGCCCUCCCAUCAGAUGUCAAGGAAAUAAACAACUACCUGACUUUUAGAAGACAUCUGAAGGCAGCCCUGUUCAGGGAAGUUUUUAAUAUUUGAUGUUUUAUCAUGUUUUUAAUAUUCUGUUGGGAGCCACCCAGAGUGGCUGGGGAAACCCAGCCAGAUUGUCAGGGUAUAAACAUCAUCAUCAUCAUCAUCAUCAUCAUUAUUAUUAUUAUUAUUAUUACCGGUAUGUCAUGAUGCUUAAAGUAGCAUAAGAGUGCAUUAAAUAUGUGAUGUGAGAUUCUAGCCCUCAUAGUUUACUUUGGACAUAGGAAGCUGCCUUAGAUAAGAUCAGACUAUUUGUCUACCUAACCCAACAUUGUCUGCACUAACUGGCAGCAGCUCUUCAGGGUCUUCAGGGGUUUGGAUUGCUCAGCUGAUCAGAAAAUGGAUUUCCCCAACACCUGCUCCCUGUUCCUUUUUUAAACUGGAGAUGCCAAGAAUUGAACUCGGGACCUUCUGCAGGCAAAGCAGGUGCUCUGCCACUCAGUCCUUCUCUGGGGCUUGUAAAAGUAAAAAGAACAAAUUUCAGCUGAUUUUGGACCAUUUUCUUCAAAAGGAAAGAUAUUUUCGCAGGCAGCGCUACAAUCCAAAGGAUUCGGGAAGGAUGUCCCCUUCCAUCCAAAUAACGUAAUCAUAUUGUGCAGUGUUUUGUUUUCUUAAUUUGGCUUUUAGUGUACUUUGUGUGUAUAUAAAGUAAUUAACAAAUAUAAUAAAUAGUGAUAAUGUUACUAAAGCUUCCCUUUUCUAGGCUUGCCAUAUUUCAAAAAGUAAAAACCAGGGCACCCCCCCAAAAUUGUCGCGCUUUCUAAAGGAAAACCCGAAAGUUGUUGCUCUUUCUUUUUUAUGGAAACACCAAAAAACACACGCUAUUUCUCCAUUUACUUGCUGAAGAUCCAGGACAAACCACUGCCUUCCAGAAAUCCCCACUCCCACCCCCACCCCUGGACGUCACUUCCACCUUUGAAAUCCCGGUAAUGUCUGGGAAAUCCCGGACGUAUGACAGCCCUACCCUUUUCCCUCUCAGUAAUUGUGAGGACUAGAGACUUAGCAUUCUUAAAGAGCCAGGAGGGGCAGGAGGAAAUCUGAAAGAUUGGGGGGGCUAUACUCAUAGUGCUCUGUAUUCCCUAUUUGUUUUGCCUGGCCUGUUCCAUUGGCAAUUUUCCAUAUUGCUCUGAGAAAUAUCCUCGUUUCUGUCUAGGAAGCUAGGAAUAUGCUUUACACUGAUUCAGAACUUUGGUUUAUCUAGCUUGGCACUGUCUGAACGAACUGGCAGCGACUGUCCAGAGUUUCUGGAGAUGCUGAGGAUUGAGCCUUCUACAUGCCAAGCAAAUGCUCUACCACUGAACCAAAGCUCUGUGUGUUUAAUGCCAUCUUUAUGUGUUUCAGGAGGGCUUCACCCAAUUGCCCGAGAUGUCGGAAGAGGUCAUUGUGCCUAUCUAUUGCACGGGGGUCUCCGCUCAGGUCCAGAAGCAGCGGGCCAAAGACCUGGGCUUAGGUAAAAACGAGAAUGCAAUCAAGUACCUGAACCAGGAUUACGAGAGGCUUCGCAACGAGUGCUUGCAGAGUGGAGCCCUUUUCAGGGAUGACACCUUCCCCGCCACAGCCUCUUCCCUGGGUUUCAAGGAGCUUGGGCCGAACUCCUCCAAGACGUAUGGAGUCAAGUGGAAACGACCUACGGUGAGACUCAAGAAAUGGCGCAGGUUGCAACCCAGAAUAUCUUUGACCUCGAGUUACGUCUUGCUGUUGGCAUCAGUUUAGCCCAGGCAUAGGGAAACUCGGCCCUCCAGAUGUUUUGGGACUACAAUUCCCAUCAUCCCUGACCACUGGUCCUGUAAACUAGGGAUCAUGGGAGUUGUAGUCCCAAAACAUCUGGAGGGCGAGUUUGCCUAUGCCUGGUUUAGCCCAUCUAGAAAAUGGGCGUAGUAGUUCUGUGUAGUAAGCUUCAGUUAUUUGGGAACACAGGAAAGCCGCAGAGUUGUGUUACCAGUCUGAAAAUUCAGCUUCCCAGUAACCUCCUUUUUACACUCAAGUUUCUAGCCCUUAUGGGGUAUGGAGAUUACAUGUUAGAGAGUGUGGAUUCAAUAGUGGAGCAGCUGGCUGGCUGGCUCUUCUGCAGAGCUGCUGCCUUUACUCCAGGUAAAGCAAGGAAAGACUCCCACCUGAACAUCUGGAGAGCUACUGCCGGUCAGUGCAGACAACACUGAGCUUGAUUAGGCUGACUCAGUACCUGUGUUCGCAUAGUAAUGUCUGCUCAUCUCCCCGAAGCCAAAUAGGAUUCCCAGCAGUCAAGGCUUCAUGCCAGAAUGAAUUAAGCAAAGUAGUAAAAGCAAAACAGUGGAAUUAAUUAUGGAGAACGUAAGAGAAUAUGCAUAUAGGUUUAACCUGCAUUUUUAAGGCAGGCUACAGAGCUGAGCUUUCCUUCGGGAAAAGAGUUUAACUUUUUACUUAAUGUGCGGAGUACACACGGCCCCAAUGAUCAAAAGCCCUCCCUGCCUGAUAGUUGUCUAAAAGGUAAACAAGACAAAGGGCUGGUGCAACUUUGGCAUUAGGCAGCCAGCCCGCCAGCCCCUCACCCUGCAGUUCCUUUCCCCCUUUCCCAGGUAGAGGCAAAUCAUAAUACAAUGCUUCUGAAUACCUGUUGCUGGAAACUACAGGAGAAUAAGGUGCUCUUUGAGCUCAGGUCCUACUUGCGGGUUUCCCAGAGGCAUCUGUGUGGCCACUGCGAGAACAAGAUGCUGGACUAAAUUUGGGGCCCCCAUUUGGCCUGAUGGGAUGCGGGUGGCACUGUGGCCUAGGACUUGCUGAUCAGAAGGUCGGCAGUUCGAAUCCCCGCGACGGGGUGAGCUCCUGUUGCUCGGUCCCUGCUCCUGCCAACCUAGCAGUUCGAAAGCAUGUCAAAGUGCAAGUAGAUAAAUAGGUACCGUUCCGGCGGGAAGGUAAACAGCGUUUCUGUGCGUUGCUCUGGUUCACCAGAAGUGGCUUGGUCAUGCUGGUCACAUGACCCAGAAGCUGUACACCGGCUCCCUUGGCCAAUAAAGCGAGAUGAGCGCCGCAACCCCAGAGUCGGCCACGACUGGACUUAAUGGUCAGGGGUCCCUUUACCUUUGGCCUGAUACAGCAGGCUCUUCCUCUUAGGCAUUUAAGAGCAACAGCAGCAGCAGCAGCAGCAGCAGCAACAAACCAGCCCGUCUCCCUCUUGUGUAUUUCAGGAACUGUGCCGCAACCCUCUCUUCAUUGUGGACGGGGCGACCCGCACAGACGUCUGUCAAGGAGCUCUGGGUAAGGAGGGUUCACCCGAGGUGGUCUGCCAGAGAUGGGCACUAAGCACCCCCGAAAGCAGGGAGAGGUUGGGGGUCACUGCAGCCAGGUCUCCUCUCUCACACACCCUUAGUUCUUUCCCACCUCCCUCCCCUGCUUCUUGCAGGACAAGGCUGUGGUCUUUGUUGUAUAGGAGAUCCUAGGAAGAGCUUGGCUGCUGGAUCAGGCGAAAGGGUGCCCUUCCAGUUUUUGCAGCCAGGUGUCCAUAGGAAGCCCUUAGCCAUGUCUGUUGAUUUCAGUGGGUGUAUUCUGGGGUGGGAGUUAGUUGGACACCACCCAUGGGCGUAGUCGGGGGAGCAGGUGGGGCAGCUGCCCCCACCCAUAAUCAAGUAAAUAAAUAAAAACACCUAACUAAAAGUAGAAAUUUGUGGAAAGAUUAUGACAGAUUUUUAUGACCACUUGGGAUCAAAAGAAAUUUAAAAUGACGGUUGUUGAGACAUUUCAUUCCAGAUCUGCUAGACAGAGUCAGACAGACGAUGGUGACAGGUGUGUGUUCUCCCCCCCCCCGGUAAUCUUGCCCACGCCCAAGAUGCCACCCAUCCCAAAGAAAAAAAGGUUGCUCAGAUUUAUAUGCUGGAAACAGACGGACAGCUUUUCUGUUUUCUUCAGGUAGACAAAACCUACUGAUAACUUGGAAGGCAAAGGUUUUGAUGCAAUUUCUGGUUGUUGUUUUCCUGCUGGCCCUUUGUUUAUUUUUCUGUGUUUUAUCGGCAUGGCUUGUUUUCUGUUACGACGAGAAGUACAAUUUUGAAAGGACCCUGGAGCCUUUCCGGGUGUGUCCUGAUUGUGCAACAGCAGCCGCAGAGCCCCCUGAGCAUAUGACGUGACUCCCUCACUCUCUCUGGCCUUCGUACCAUUCCUGCCUGGCUGUUUUCUUUUUGGCUUGGCUGUUUUGAAACUGUCAGGUCACGGUCAUCGAGGGAAACUUCCCGACAGCUGCAGGAAACACACCCUCCUCAGUGUCUCUUCUCCUCCUCCCUCCCUCCCUCUCUCACACCACACACCAUUUAUCUGAUCAGAGCCCUGCAGGCAGGCGUGGUCUCCUCUGCGCGGCCUGCACCCCUCCCCGGGGCAGAGCGCCAGCUUCAGGGCUCAAAGACAACAGCAGACUGGUGUCUGCGCUUACUCCAAAACAAGUUUGCAUUUCAGAGUAACAACUAAGUUUGUGGGGUGGGGGAAACAGUGUUUGUCAAAAACUCAGGUAUAUAAGCUAGGCGCCAAAUGGCUCUUUAAACCAAGGUUGCAGUCGCCAGAGCGGAAUGUUUUGUUGCCAUUUGGGGGCAAAACAGCUCUAAAGUCUUAUUUUUCAAAUGAUGGGCUUACUGUGAUGGAUUCUUAGUUAAACAUCUAGUUCAGAUGACAACCUUGAUCCUAGGUUAAGAGCUUUGAGAACUUAAAGAAGAAAUGUCCUUUGAUCCAGGGAGAGUCCACAUAUAUACCAUAUUCUUCCAUGUAUAACACGCCACCGUGUAUAACCCCCCCCCCCUAUUUUUGGGGACUCAAAAUUAAGAAAAUGGGGGGAGAUUGCCCCUGUGUAUAAGACUACCUCCCAUUUUAAUGUUAUUUUUAGUUAAAAAACCUAGUCUUAUACACGGAAAAGUACAGUAUAUUGGCCAAUUCCAACUUCUUUUUCUUAAUGACGACUGCUCCUGCUCUGGCUGCACAGACAAAGCAACUUGGUUCCUGAAAUUCAUUCCUAUUAUGUAGAUUAAAUAUAACUGAUAGAAUUCUACAGGAUGAGGUAUUUGUGUGUGAAUGCGGUCCAGAUCCAGUGAUCCCAAGACAUCAGGUGCCAUCCUGGUGCCCAGGCAACCUCACUUGGUCGCAAGUGGUCGGAAGCUAGGUGCAAAAUGCGCCUGGCACCUGGCUAAUUUUCGAACACUGGAGAAAGCACCCCACCCACCCAGAGAUCAGGAACCAGGCAGGCAGCUAGUAGUCCACUUGGGCUAAGGCAGUGUUUCUCAAAGCAGUUUCAGGUGGUCCUGGCUGUUCCAUAGCACCAGAAGCUCCUGGUCCGCUGAGUGAAGAUGGCUGGCAGACCAGAAAGUUCCGGGGAGGGUGAGGGAAGGGAGACCUCUCUCCCCUGAGGGGAAAGGGCUAGAGGAGGUGCUGAGGGGAAUUAGGAGGUGAAAUAAUGAAAGGUGAAUAUAUUUGUUCAAAUAAAUAGAAUGGGAAAAGAAAGGAAGGGAAUAAGACAGGAGAACUGUUCCAGGUCCAGAGAGGAGGGAUGAAAGGAACUGGCAGUUUUGGGGAGGGUGCGAGGGGGGGAAAGGUACAUGUUGGUCAUGAAAGGAGAAUACAAAAGAAAAAGCUCUCUCCACUUGGAGUUUCUAGGGCAGCAGAUUCUCCCUGAAAUGAGGGGGCUCUCAGGAUGCCUCCAAAACAAAGUCUCCUCACAACUUUCAGCAUCCUUUAUGAAACUACACUUCCCAGGAUGCUUUGGGGGAAGCCACAUCUGCUCAGAGUGGCAUGAGGCAUAGUGCAGAUGGGGCCUUGGUCAUGUCCACUAAUGCUAACAGGCCUACUCUGAGUAUCUCUAAUGUUGGAUGCAACAGCCUCGCCAAAUAAUUAUACACACACACACACACACACACAGAGAGAGAGAGAGAGAGAGAGAGACAAUGGUACCUCAGGUUACAUACACUCAGGUUACAGACUCUGCUAACCCAGAAAUAGUACCUCAGGUUAAGAACUUUGCUUCAGGAUGAGAACAGAAAUCACACGGCGGCAGUGCGGCAGCAGCGGGAGGCCCCAUUAGCUAAAGUGGUGCUUCAGGUUAAGAACAGUUUCAGGUUAAGAACGGACCUCCAGAACAAAUUAAGUACAUAACCAGAGGUACCACUAUAUAUAAAUAACAGUUGUUUUUGUUUUAACUGGCUGGCUUUCCCUUUGCCUCUCCUUCCAGGUGACUGCUGGCUCCUGGCGGCCAUUGCCUCCCUCACCCUGAAUGACCCUCUUCUGCACCGCGUUGUCCCCCAUGGGCAGAGCUUCCAGAAUGGGUACGCUGGCAUCUUCCACUUCCAGGUGAGCACCUGCCUUGCUGCGGACCUUGUUACUCAAAGCACUGUGUCUCUCUCUGUGUGUUUUUAAAUUGGAUGUAUUUUGUAGGAACGUAGACUAGCCCUGCUUGCGAAGCAACAGAGAAAUUCUUUGUGUCCUCCAGAUCUCUCUGGUGUUUAUUUUAGCAUUCUUCCCUGAUUUGCUAGCAGAAAGCUUAUACUGAGGUUAGAUCGUAUCCAGUCUUUAUGAGCAUUCAUUCUGAUUUAUUUAUUUUGCAAGUUGUUUAUACGACAAUAAGCAUUUGUGCUCUGAUCACUCUGAUUUUCCUUGUGGGGUGUUUACACCUUUCCAGUUAAUCACUCGUUCAUCCCACCCUUUUCUGUGCAUGUUCCUGUCUCUUUCCAUACUGCAAAACAGUGUGUGUUUGUAAAAUUGAUUUAACAAAAAAAAAAUGCAAGCAUAACAAAAAGGGGGGAGGGAAGCCCCAAUGAAUCAAAAAUGUAAACCAUAGCCUAGAAGGACAAAGAUAAAGUAUAGCUCCAAAUGGAUAAUAAGGUAUUAACUCAUACAGAAAUUCCCUUUACAAAUAAUAAUAAUCUCUGGCUUUCUGCUAACUGAGGGAGCCCGGCGAUCAGUUUAAAAAUGGACUUUUUAUUCUUAGGAGAGUGAGAAUAAAAAGUCUGUUUUUCCAGUUAUCUCCAGGCUCCCUCACUUAGCCCAAAGCCAGCUCCUUAAACACACGAACGCCAUUCAAGGCAUUCUGCCCAGCUCCACCCCAUCCAACGCCUGGCUUGGUCUGUUGCCAGCCGAGGUGGCUUUGCUGCUUAUUUUAAGUCUUCCACACCUGAGGACUCCACCCUGAUGUGGAAUCCGACCUCGCAGGUGAUGAUUCGCCUUGGUAUUUCAAGGUUCUUUGUUUGUGGGGGUGGCAAGGGCGUGGUGCAUAGCGGGAAAGAAAGCUGCCCGGUGCCUCCCAUUCAGAGCACGGCCUCGUGUUUGCUCAGCCUGCUGAUCUGUGCCUGCAGGUAGACAGCUGCAGCUUUCCUGAUGAAUCGCAUUUGCAGAAUCUCUCUCCCCUCCUGUCUUUAGUGGAACUGGGUUUGUUAGGCCGCAGAAAGAAAGCUGGACUAGGUGGGCCUGCAAGGAAUAAUGUAAUUUGAGCAAGGUGUCAGGACCAGAGCUCAUGCAGAAUGCUGGACCUUGACCUUGGAACAUGUGGACUAAUGAUGGCUUUCUCUGAGCAUGUGCAGAGCACAACCGCUAAGGAACAAAACCCCAGAUCUGUCAAUUUCAGUUUCUUAUUUUUCCAGUUUUAAAUUCAGUUCUCCCGUCUGUAGCCUGGAAUUUUUUUUAAAAAGUACUGUGAAAAAUCACCAGCAUUUCAAUGUAAAUUUCUCCUGAAAUACACAUUUUUGUAUGCCAUUUUGACUGUUUUGCAAGCAAUUCCCCCCUUCUAGGAUACUUUUUUUUGGUAUGCUGUUUUUACUUCAGUAUGUGUUUUUCUGAACACUUUCCCCUAUCAUAUGUAUUUUUGUAAAUGGGUUGUUCAGUUGCAGAACUACCGUUGUAAAAUUCAGAGAAAUGUAAAUCUCAUUGUGUUUGGGCUCACAUAAUGGUUUGAUGAGAAGUACAGAUUAAGUAUGUUCUCAUCUAAAACGCAGACAACAUCCAUCUUCUCUCCUCCCUGCCUCCAUUCUUAACCACCGCUGAGUCACCAAGGGCACAUGCAGCAGGGACCAGGUUCAAUUCCUGGCAUCUCCAGGUUGAAAAGUUUUCACCUUUGUCUUGCCUGUUUUGCGCUUGGUUCAGAUCUGGCAAUUUGGCGAGUGGGUCGACGUGGUGGUGGAUGACCUCCUCCCAACCAAAGAUGGCAAGCUUGUGUUUGUCCACUCCGCAGAAGGCAACGAAUUCUGGAGUGCCCUGCUCGAGAAAGCUUAUGCCAAGUAAGCAUCUAAAUCUCUUGGUUUGGGGUCGACAGGGGGAGGGAGGCUAAAGAUUUGGUACAAAAGACUUGUGUUUGUCCCACCUCUGCCAAGGGCAAACUCUGUGACCUGAGGGUGAGUCAGCCUCAGUUUUCCCAGUUGUGAAAUGGGAACAAACAGGUUAUUUUUCUCUCCCCCCCCCCAUUGUAGAUUUCUUACUGACCCCUCACCAGAAAGCCCCAGGGCAGGUUACAACAGUGAAAUACACAACUAUAAAAGAAUAAUAUAAAAAGAAUCAUUCAAAUAAAUCAUUUGAACCGUAAAAGAAGAAAAGUGCAAAAACAGUUUAGAAAUGUUCCACAUGUAUAACAAUUAAAACAGGUCCAAGUGCAAACUAAAGGACGGCGAAUUCUACCACAUGUGGUGGACAUGCAAAAAGAUGAAAAAGUUUUGGGAUUUGAUAUAUAAUGAGUUGAAAAAACUUUUCAAAUACACAUUCCCAAAGAAACCAGAGGCUUUUUUAUCAGGGAUAAUAGGAGAUGACGUGAGAAAAGAAGAUUGUAAACUAUUUCUGUAUGCCACGACUGCCGCUAGGAUUCUCGUGGCCCAAAAGUGGAAAUCCCAGGAGAUCCCAACUUUAUUGGAGUGGCAGACAAAAUUAUUUGAGGAUGCAGAAUUGACAAAAAUGACUUAUAAAAUUCGAGACCAAAAAGUGACAAAGUUUGAAGAGUGGAGUAAAUUUGUUGCGUACAUAUGAAUUAAUUGCAGAAGUUUAAAAACUGUAGCAGGGUUAAUAUAAAUCCUGUGAUGUGAACAGAGGGUAAAUAAGAAUCUGUAAGAGAUGUAAAUUAGGAAAACCGAAGCAGGGUAGGAGGGAAGUCCGGGUGCAAAAUAAGAUGACACAAAAUGUUGAAUGUAAAAGUUUAAGUGUUAUUUAUGUUUGUGAAAAUCAGUAAAAAGCAUUUGAGGGGGGGAAAACAGGUCCACGUAUAAGUUGGCCUUACCCAGCUUAGGUUCAGAUAUUCGGGUGGCUCAGUGGUAGAUUGGCUACUUUGCUUGCAGAUGGCCCUGGGUUUAGUCUGAGUGGGGUGGACUAGAUGAGUCCUGGGGGUCCUUUCCAGCUCUGUGAUCCUAUGAUUCCCAGCAACUCCAGGUAGGGUUGGGAGAGACUAACUGCCCGGGACCCUGGAGCACUGCUGCCAGUCAGUGCAGACAACACUGAGCUAGAUGGAUGCAGCAAUGUUCUGAUUCACUACGAAGCGCCUUCUUGAUGCCCUUCUGCUUCCACCGUAGGGUGAACGGCUGCUACGAGGCUCUUUCGGGAGGGAGCACCUCAGAAGGGUUCGAAGACUUCACGGGAGGCGUCACUGAGUGGUACGACCUACGAAAGCCGCCCAGCGACCUCUUCCAGAUCAUCUUAAAGGCCCUGGAGAGGGGGUCUCUCAUGGGUUGCUCCAUUGAUGUGAGUACCUUGGGGCUGCAUCCACCACUCUAGUCCACUAGUGCAAGGGCUGUUGCACUAGUGGGCAGGUGAGCUUUCCUGUUGUGCAACAGAAGACUCCAGUGCAACAGCCAUGCUAGCGGAAACUCACCAUGCAACAGAUUGCACAAUUACUAGCAGCCUGCUUGUGCUUUUUUUUUUUUUUUGCACAGCAGUUUACCGGUGGCAUGAAACAUUUUGCCAGAGAAACAGGUAGACUGCUAAGUGGUUGGUGAACUACAAUCACAAUUUUUUGUGAUGUAUACAAGUUUUUUUUGGGGGGGGGAGUUGGUUCUGGGGGGUUUUCUACAUGGAUGCUAUUUUUCUCUAUAUAUAUCUUAUCUUACCCUGUGCACUUGCAAUUAAGUACUUUUUAUCUUUCAACAAAGGAUAUAUAUAUUUAUAUAAUCUUCCAUAAUAUCCAAUACAGUUCUGUGUGUUGGCUGCUCCAUCCCCUUCCAGCAAAGUCUUACACCCUUGGAGGCCCUUUGAAGGUUGUCACUUAGAUUCUUACUUUUCUUCAACCCCCGUUUUUUCAGAUCACAAGUGCUUUUGACAUGGAGGCUGUCACUUUUAAGAAGCUGGUGAAAGGCCACGCCUAUUCCGUCACUGGAGCUGAGCAGGUGAUUGUUGCGUUUCUACUAUUUGGCGCUCAUUUGUUUUCCUUUUUAUUUACAGCAUUUAUGUCCAGACCCCUUUUAGCAAAAAAAACCUCUCAGGGCACCUUAAACAAAUCAAUUCUAAGGUGGCCCCUGCCCUAGCCUCACAAUUUUAAGAAGUCAAGAGAGAAGGCCUAAAGCGAGGGCAGGGACCCUUCUUCAUUCUGAGAGCCGCAUUGCCUUCUUGGCAACUUUCUGAGGGCCUCAUGCCUGAGGCAAAAGUGGGUGGGGCAACAAUGGCAGAUUUUACCUUUGUACAGGUAGACUGGUUUCUACACAGGCCCUAACACACCCCUUUCAACCCUCUUGCAGGGAAGCAAGAGGCAUUCUCAGUUCAAGGGCCUGUACCCACCUGGGUGUGAAACAAGGCCAGAUAGAGAGGCCCUAGGCCUGAAAUUCCCCAUUUCUGACAUAAAGAGGAACUCUAUUUCUGCAGAGGGGAAACAGAUAAAAGAACUGAGGAUCAUGUAUGUAGGAAAGUUUAAUAACAGAGAGGUUGCCAGAAAAGAAUCAUUCCAACAACAACAAAAAUCAAUCAAUCAAUCAAUCAAUCAAUCGGAUCUUUAUUACAGUCAUAGACCAGCAUAAGUAGGGUGGGGAGCAAUCAUUUAAAAUCUGUAAAAUGUUUUGGAAAGCUAAAAUUAUUAAAACAGAAGGUAUAUGUAAAAUAUACAAGAAUCUGAAAGAGGCUAAAAGGAGGGUUAGGACUGGGGCAUUAAACGAAUGUGGAAGAGCAUAAAAGGUUAGUAUAUAAAAGGCUAUGGCUAUCCAUUUACAGAGCACUCUGAUAUGGGUGUUCAUUAAAUCUAGUUUGUGGCACAGGUCAUCAUCCGACGAAUUUUGACGGUUGCUAUGCAGAACCUGGCAAUGUCGUAUGUUGUAGCAGGGUUGGCAUCAUGAAAGCAGCAGGGAGAUACAGAAUUGUUCUGUGCGCCCUGGGUACUUAUGGAGUAGUGGGGAGAUGAGGCUAAUAUGAAUGUCUCUAUAAUAUAGGCACUGGAGAAGCACAUGCUCUAUUGUUUCUAUAUGUCCAGAGUCACAGGGGCAUUGUCAUUUUCCCACAGAAGCCAUCUGGAACUCAUUGCCUCUGGGAAGCUAUUCAGACUGUAUGAAAACAGGGCAGGGUCAAUAAUGUGGUCAAGUCAAGUGCAGCCUUGUUCUUUCCGUCCUCUGUGACAAUCUCUUAACGGCCAUCUCUCAUUAUCUCUCUGCUCCCACAGAUCAACUACCGAGGGCAGAGAGUUAACCUGAUACGGAUGCGAAACCCGUGGGGGGAGGUGGAGUGGACUGGAGCUUGGAGUGACAAGUAAGAAGGAAACCCUGGAGGAGUUUUCUGUGCAUGCUUCAGAAAGGGCUGGUGAAAGGGGGAGAAAGUCGCCAGGGCGGCCAUAGCAAGUUCCCUCCUUCUGUCGACGAGCUUCCUUUGUUUUCAUGGGGAUGAGAAUAUCUGGGUGCCACUUCCCCUCCUCCUGGGCCAUAGCACUGUGGGGACAGAAGGCCUGUCUUCUCUAUAUACCGUUUUAAUCCCACUGCAAAGAGCUCAGGGUGGCAUGCACAAUCUCCUUGGCGUCGCAUCAGGACAACUCUGCAAAGUAAGGUUAGGUUGAGAGACAGGAACCAGCCCAGGGUCAUCUAGUAAGCUUUGUAGCUGGACCAGGAUUUGAAUCCAGGACUCUCCAGCCCAGCAUUCUAACCAUCACAGACAGAAAUGAAGGAGGCGCAAGGUUUAGGCGCUUGAAAAAGAAGAGCCCCUGUGCCCCAAAGUUGGUGUGUGCAGGAAGUGAGUUUGCCAAGCAAAGUGGCAAAGGGAAACAGAGUGUGUGUUGUGUUUGGAAACCAGAGUGAAUUUUUUGGUGACAAAUCUAUGAGAGUUACUAGGGCUACAGCAGAUGUUGCUGAACUCCCAUCAUCCUUGACUGUUGGCCAUGCCUGCUAGGACUGAUCAGAGCAACAUCUGGAGGGCUGAGACUCCUCACCCCUGGGCUUUGAGAGACACCCCAGCUCUUAAUAUUUGCACGAGCAGUUGCUUCACAAUAGUUGGUUCAUCACAGAAGAUCAAAUACAAUCUAGUGUUUUUGAAGUGGUGCCUGCAGAAUAAAUGGCUCCAUGUAGCUUUGCAAGUUUUAUCAGUCAACAUGCUAUAGAGUAGACGAAGGCAACUUACCCAUCCCAUGUCAGAGAUAUCCAAGAAAAAGAAAAGUUCUUGUUUCAAAAACUCCCAUUUGUUUGAUUGACCCCCAUUCAUUUCAAUUUCAUUCACUGGGUUUCCUCCCACUGAAUUCAGUAGGAGAUCCAGCUUCUCUUCUACAGCCUGUAACUCUUGUGUUUUUCAUCCACAAGGCAAGGUGAACAUUUUAGACGUUCUCUUACCCUUGCAAAUAACUGGCUGUCUUGCAAAUAACUGGCUGUCUCAGAUUUCAGAAAACCUGAAAUCUGCCCAUUUUACAGGCAACCCGUUAAAGUGCAUUUUGUUUAAACUUUCCAUUGAUUUCAAUAAGAGACCCAGCCAGUCUUCUGCUGCCUGAAACUUUCAUUAUUAUUAUUUUUUUCUGUCCAGAUAGCAAGACAUUUUUAGACCUUCCAUUGAAACUGAGUCAUGGGAGAUUCAGGACAGAAAUAAAGAAGCCGUUGACACAGGAUUAGGCAAAUUUUUGGAGGAUAAGGCUGUCACUGGCUAUAAUUGUGAGGGCCAUCAGAGGAAGUAUUCCUCUGGAAAUCAGUUCUGGAGAGUGAAAGUGAGCUGUGGCUUUCAAGUCUUCUUUGUGGGCUUCCAGUAGCCCUCUGGCUUGCCACUUGAUUAGGCAGGCCUUCCAACAGACCAAGCAGCGCUCUUUUGGGCUGGUUGAGAAGACUCUGCAUUUUCUCCAGAGAUGCAAUGAGACUGAGGAUAUGCCAUGGACCUGUAAAAGGGUAAAAGAGUAUUGGGAAAUAAUUCAUAAUGAAUUGGGGGAAAAAUGCUUAAAAGUACUUUCCCCCCAAAAAACAAGAUUCAUUUUCUGUUGGGGAUAAUUCAGAUGGAAAUUCCCAGGUGUCAAAAAAAGUUAUUUAUGUACAGUAUACAACAACUGCAGCCUGUGUUUUGUUAUCCCAAAAAUGGAAAACGAGCGAAGUCCAAACUAAAGAAGAAUGGCAACCUAAACUGAUAGAAUAUGCACAGCUUGUGGACCUAAAAUAUAGAAUAAGAGAAUGAGAAGAACAUACGUUUAAAGAAGAUUGGGAAAUGUUUAUUGAAUAUACGGGGGGAAAUUGUGUAUAUUUGAAAACAUGGGCAGCAUUAAGAUAAAUUCAACAGUGUCAAUAAGAUUUGAUGGAUGUAAUAAUGGAAUACUGAAUGGUUUAGUUUAUAUAAAAUAUGCAGGGAUUUAUGUUAUGCAAAAUGAACCAUGGAAAGGGAAGAAGGGAAGUCACUGAUAUUUUAAGGUUGUUUAAAUUAAUAUUCUAAAAUCUAAAACAAAAUUUAAUAAAAAUAAAAAGGGGGAGGAAAGAGAAGAAUCUGCAUUUUCUACUUCUUUUGGAAUCUCUCUCUGUAACAGGCAGCACAUUUUUUUCUCUUUUUCUUUACAGCUCUGGGGAAUGGAACGCCGUGGAUCCAUCUAUAGGGCAGCAGCUGAGAAUUAAAAUGGAAGAUGGAGAAUUCUGGUAGGCGCCCUUUUCAUUUGUCUUAGGAAUCGCAUUUCACGUCACCAGCGAGCGAGCGCGUGACCUGAAUUCGCAACCUGUCUCCUUCUCCUAGGAUGUCCUUCCAAGACUUCCUCCGGGAAUUCUCCCGCCUUGAGAUUUGCAACCUCACGCCAGACGCGCUGAAGUCGCGCAAGUUCCGGAAGUGGAACACGACGCUCUACGACGGGACCUGGCGGCGGGGGAGCACAGCUGGCGGCUGCAGGAACUACCCAGGUAGCUCACGUAACACGUGACGUGAGUCGUGUGGGAUUGGGUUUUAGUAGGUAGGAGAGGACAUCUUAAUUACAAUUUGCCCCUCCGGUCUCCUGGGGUGGGGGUUAAAAAGAGUUUUAAAAUCCCACCCUUUGCAGCAAAAACAGAAGCUUUGGAAAUUAGUCUGCAAAGCCUUCCCUUUUGAGCAAUUCCAGUUUAUGAAAUAAGCUGGCUUCCCCUUUGGUAGCCCUCAUAACAGAGAAUCAGGAAACAACUUGUAAAGUAAGCUUAAAAAUAGUGUUUACUUACUCAAUAGUCUUGGACUGGUUCACGGCAAAGGCAGCAGUAGACCUAUGCAAUGGAAGAAGUAAGGAUUGGUUACAGUAUCAUCAUCAUCAUCAUCAUUAUUUAUUAUUUGUAUCCCACCCAUCUGGCUGGGUUUCCUCAGCCACUCUGGGUGGCUUCCAGCAAAGAUUAAAAAUACAUUAAAAGAUUAAAAAUACAAUAAAUAUAUGAUAUGUUUAAAUUAGAUUUUAAAAAUGGGUUUCCGGAUCAAAACUCACAGUUUGAAAGAGAAUUAUUGUGGAACAAGGAUAAAUUAUUGUCAAAAAUGUAUAACUUAUUAUUAGAAUGGGAAAUGAAAGACGAGUUAGUCAAAACUUCAAGGACACACUGGGCAAUGGAUAUAGGGCAUAACAUAGACCUAAACCUCUGGGAGAAACUCUGGAAGAAUGAUUAGAAAUUUACCACAUGUUAUACUUUGAAAGAGAAUUACCGUACUUUUCUGUGUAUAAGACACAGUUGAGAGAUUGCCCGGCAACCCCCCCCCCCAAAAAAGCUCAACAAAUCUGUGCAAUCCCCCCCCCAAAGAAAGCUCAAUAACUCUGGGCAAUUCCCCCCCCCCCAUUUCCUUAAUUUGGCAUCCCAAAAAAUAGGGGUCGUCUUAUACACGGGGGCGUGUUAUACACGGAAAAAUACGGUAUAUAAAAAUGAUGCAUAGAUAGUAUUUAACCCCAAGUAAGUUGGUCAAGAUGUACAAAGUUGGAUCAGAUCUGUGUUGGAAAUGCAGAGAAAUGGAAGGAACAUUUUUUCACAUGUGGUGAACACGUAAAAAGGUUAAAGGCUAUUGGGAAAUGAUCUGCAAUGAGUAAAAAAAAUGUUUAAAACAACAUUCCCCAAAAACCCCUCAGGCCUUUUAGUUAGGAAUACUUCAGUCUGAAGUUCCCAGUUGUCAGAAAAAAUAUUUAUGUACGCAACCACGGCGGCUCAAAUUUUGCUAGCCCAUAAAUGGAAAGUGAGCAAGAUCCCUAGUAAGGAAGAUUGGCAACUUAAGAUGAUAGAAUUUGCGGAAGUAGUAGGUUUAACUUAUAGAGUAAGAGAGCAAGAAGAAUCUUUAUUCAAAGAGGAGUGGACUCUUUUUGCUGAAUAUUUAGGAAAUAAUGGUAUACAAUUGAAAAUGCCAGCAUUUAGAUAAAUUCAACAGUAUGGUAAAUAUUUAAAGGAUGUAAAAUGGAGAAACGAUUAGAUUGACUAUAAUAAAAUAUGCAGGAAUGAUAGAUAAGUAAAAUCAACCUCGAAAAGGGGAGGAGGGAAGUCAAUUGUUACAUGGUAUUAUGUAAAACGUUCAUUUUGAGAUGUAUAAACUGAAAAAUUAAUAAGAAUUGUUAUUAAAAAACCCUGUGCAGGUAAAAUACUUACAUUUUACAGCCCAACCAGCUUCAGGUGUGAGCCUGAGCUGGAGCAGGAACAACCAUAUGUGCAUUCAUUGCAGGCUGGAGAAAGAAAGAGAGAGUGACAGGAAGGAGAUGGGCUUAUAUUUCUCAUUUCUUCCUGCUACUGGAAACAGGAAAUGACAUCACACAGAACUCUCUCUACCAUUUACAUUGCUAUGCUCUGAGUCCGCCUAUCUAGCAAUACAGCUCUGUGUCUGUUUGCCCCUAAACUUACUAACUCGUGAGAAUAUGCAUUUGUUGAAUUCGACUGCCAUCUCCCCAAAACCCUUGCACCCCACAGUCUCCUCUUUCUUUCUUUCUUUCUCCUUCAGCAACCUUCUGGAUUAACCCCCAGUUCAAAAUCCGCUUGGAAGAGGUGGACCACGACGAUGAUGAGGACAGGAGGGAGCCGGGCUGCAGUUUCCUCCUGUCUCUGAUGCAGAAGCACCGGCGCCGGGAGAGGCGGUUUGGCAAGGACAUGGAGACCAUCGGCUUUGCCGUCUACGAGGUACUGCCCGAGGGCUUGGGAGAGCUGCCCCUCAGGGUGUGGAGCCCUUCCUCUGCCUUCUUUCGGAAUUCACUGCCCCUCUUCCUUUUGUCUCCUGCAGGUGCCUCCUGAGGUAUGUAUGCCAAACAGCAACUCCUGUAAGUAUGGGAAGCCCCUGCAAGAGCAUCUCCUGUCCUGUCAGAACAUAGGACCAGGAGCCAAGCCACGGGGGUCUGUAUUUUCUGCCAGUGGUUCUCCAGGGUCCCAGUCUUUCCCACUGCUGCCUGUAGUUGCCAGGGACUGAACCUCAGGCCUUCUGCAUGCAAAGCUUGCACUCCACUGUUUUGCUGCAGACCUUCUGCUAAAAAGGGGGGGAAACCUAAGAUUCUAGUCCUCCACAUAAGGAACAAAAUAAGUAGGGGUGUAGCAAAUUGCUUUAUCCCAAGUCAGGCCAACUGAGUCCAUCUAGCUCAAUGUUGUCUACACUGACCGGCAGCGGCUGUCCAGGGUUUCAGGCCAGGAGUCUUUCCCACCCUAUCUGGAAAUGGCAGGGAAUGAAGCAGGCGCCCUUUGCAGUCAAGGCAAGUGCUUGGAAGAAAGAUUCCAGUCCUCAUUAUUUCUGAAUAAAGGGAUAAUUUAAGUGGAUAUAGAGGACUUCUAGGGACGCGGGUGGUGCUGUGGGUUAAACCACAGAGCCUAGGACUUGCCGAUCAGAAGGUUGGCGAUUCGAAUCCCCGUGAUGGGGUGAGCUCUUGUUGCUCGGUCCCUGCUCCUGCCAACCUAGCAGUUCGAAAGCAUGUCAAAGUGCAAGUAGAUAAAUAGGGACCGCUCUCCGGCGGGAAGGUAAACGGCGUUUCUGUGCGCUGCUCUGGUUCGCCAGAAGCGGCUUAGUCACGCUGGCCACAUGACCCGGAAGCUGUACGCCGGCUCCCUCGGCCAGUAAAGCGAGAUGAGCGCCGUAACCCCAGAGUCGGCCACGACUGGAACUAAUGGUCAGGGAUCCCCUUACCUUUACCUUAGAGGACUUCUAGUAUGUUAGAUCGCUGAUCCCUCUAGCUAAGCUUUUAAUCAGGGAAGCUUUUAAUCUGUGAUAUUUUACUGUAUUUUUUGUUUCUAUGGAAGCCGCCCAGAGUGGCUGGGGAGGCCCAGCCAGAUGGGCGGGGUACAAAUAAUAAAUUAUUAUUAUUAUUAUUACUAAGCAUUGUCUACACUGACUGGCAGCUGCUCUCCGGGUUUUCAGACAAGCUUAUCAGGAGCUGCUGAGGGUUGAAAUUGGGACCUUUGGUAUGAGAGGCAGGUGCUCUGGCUGCUGAGCUGCAGUCCUUCCUCUAAAAAGAAAGACAAGAUUCCAGUCCUCUUGAUUUAAAGAAAGGGCCAAUUUAAACAAGGAUGUAGAAAGCUGCUGUCUACCAGAGCUGCAGUGGUUUGAACCUGGGACCUUUCUACCUGCAAGGCAGGAACUCUUCCACUCAGCUAUCCAGUGCCAGAUUUACAUAUAAGCUAAACAAGCUACAGCUUAGGGUCCCACUCUUUGGGAGGGGGGCAAAAAAAUUAAAGGAAAAAACCUGGAUGUACAUUUCCAAAAUAGAAGAUAAAAAACACAUAAAAUAAAACCUACAUACAGCAACAGUGUUUUGUGUUGUGUAGGCUCCUGUGAUGUAAGAAAUGGGCCCUACCUGCUAGCCUGCUCGCUGAAAUAUCAGUGGUUUGCUCAUUUCUAACAGCGACAAUUUGUUGUUGACAAAGGACAGCUGGACAUAUAAAGGUCCCCAUUACCUUCAGUAGCUUAGGGCCUCAUCAAACCUAAAUCCGGCCCUGGCCACGGCCGUUCCCUGUUCCAAGAGGAAGGUUCGACAGGUGAAGCGCUUGCUCAACUCGUGCCUUCUCCUCUCUGGCAGUUCAGGGGGCAGACCUCCGUACACCUGAAGCGUGACUUCUUCCUGUCAAACUCCUCGCGGGCGCGAUCUGAGCAGUUCAUCAACCUGCGCGAGGUCAGCACCCGCUUCAAGCUGCCGCCGGGGGAGUAUAUCGUGGUGCCUUCCACCUUUGAGCCCAACAAGGAAGGGGACUUCGUGCUCCGGUUCUUCGCAGAGAACAAAGCUGGGACAGUGUAUGUGUUGCUGGUGAUCUUUGUCAUUCCUUUGGCAGAGGGUGGGCAAUCGUUCAACUGUUUGAAAUGGGUUUCAGAGUGCUGUACAGUGUCCUCUUGCAGCGCUGUCUAACUACUCAGACCCACUGAAAUCGACAUUUAGGUUCGAGUGAUAAUUAUUAUUAUUAUUAUUAUUUCAUUUCUAUACUGCUUUAUAUUUAUAAGAAAAAUCUCAAAGCGGUUUACGGAAUAUUGAAACAUCAAUAAAACAUCAAUAAAACAGUCUGAAGAAAGUCAAAUGUAGAGUAUGCAGUCAAAGCUACAUAAUUAACAGACAACUAAAAUAUUAUCUUAAAGACUUCAAAAUAAAACAUUACAAAGGAGGUCAACUACAGAACACAUAUUUAACACAAACAAAGUUAACAAAAAAACUUAAACAUUUUAAAAAAACCACAUUGCUAAGUGAAGUCAAAUAUAAAUUGCAUAUUUAAAACAGCAUAAUUAACAAGAGAAUAAAAUAUCAUAAGCAUAACACAGCUGUUUGGCAGGCAUAAAAAGGUGGGGCAAAAGAAUCCAAUAGUUAGGGUUUGUUGUCAGGCAUAAAAGAUGGUGAGAACACUCUGGUUUCCCUGGCACAACAAAUCCAGUUCUUCUUUUUAAGUGGAUUUAUUGUAGUUGGGAAAGUGACAGGCAACCUUUACUAAACAAGCUAUAGCUUAGGGCCCCGCUCUCUUGGGGGCCCCCCCCAAAAAUUAAUUGUAUUUUAGUUCAACAAUUACUUUGAUAAAAUACAUAUUUUGUUAUGUGCAAAUGGCUUUAGAUACCCAUUAGGUCCAUAAAUUACUAUAUAGCAUAUAUCCAACACAAAAAACAGCAACAAUUUGUUGUUGACAAAGGACAGCUGGACAUUACCUUCAGUAGCUUAGGCCCUCAUCAAACCUAAAUCCGGCCCUGCAUGUGAUUGCACGCAUUGCCACGAACACUGAAGUAGCACAAAAAGGGGCAAAAGCAUCCCUAAAAGAGCAUAAAAACACAUGAAAAUAGUAUCUGGCAAUCCCAAGAGCCUUAGCACCAAGCUUUGAGGCCUAUGGAGAGUUGGAGUUUGAGCAAGGAGGUUUGGAGGGAGCAACUGUGGUAGGUUUUGGUGGGUUUUUUGUUUUUUAAAUGGUUUUUUGAUGGUUUCCAGAGGUUUGGAGGGUGUUUGCAGGCUUUUCCAAUGGUGUUCCCAAUUUAUGCAAUUUCACUUAAACACGCGGCGCCUCAGAAUGUAACCCCCGUGUUAAUAGGGAGGUUGCCUGAACUGAAUGGGAUGAAAGAAAAACUAAUGGGAAGACCUGGAAACACCUCUCAUGCAGAUCAGGAUUGAUUGAAUGCUUGUUGUCAUAGAACAGAUCAGAGCAAAUGCUCAAUGGAAACUGGAUAUAUUCUGGUCUCCAUGGAAGCUUUGAACAAGCAUGGUCUUCUCUGGCUUUCCAGGGUCUCAGGUCUGCCCCCCGCCCCCAUUUGCCUGCCACCUAAUCCCUUCUUAACCAGACAGGUGUGAGGAGCUGGACUUAGGACCUUCUGAUCUUUUGCCUCUUUCCAACUGUGAUUGGCGCUGCCUGUUGGGAUACAGGUGCUGACCUCAUCCUAGCCCAGACUUUUGCCCAGGGCUCAGAGAGUGGAGCAUUGAAGCUGCUUCAGCAACAGCCAGCCUUGGGCUGAGCCUUAGGUAGGAGCUGUAAGCUUUGCCUUUUACCGAAAAGCACCACUUCUCUUAAAGGGGCCCACCCCCUCUCAACAGCUUUUUUACUCUCAUAGAGCAGGGGAGACUCUGGACUGGGGCUCCCAAGACGGAGUCCUUCGAGUCAGAGGUAGGGAUGUAAAAUGCAUUGCUUUCCAUUCCACCCUGUGUUUGACACACACGGUGAUAUUGCUGUUCUGCAGCAGUUCAUCUUGUGCCAAAAAUUAUGACAUCGUCAUUCUUUGCUGUCCAUUGUGGCGAGAUUAUGUAGCUUACAUAACUCGCGUUGUCAUUACUUUAUUCCAUCCCAUUCAUUUCAGUGCAAAGGAAUCACAGUGCAAAUGGUGGUGGUUUGCGGCGGGGAACAUUAGUUUGUUAUCAUUUGCAGACUGAAAGCAACAGCAGCAGCAAACAUCAGUCGUUUUCACUGGGUUGAUUUCCAUUAUGGGCAAAUAAGUUAACAUUGGCAGCUUCCAAUUUUGUUGGAAUUCUGCUGCUGUCGCAACACACGAGCCAGACUUUGGAAACAAAACCAGAUGUAAACCCUUGACUUUAACUCUCCCCUGCCUCUCACUUGGCUUCAGAAUGCUUCUCACCACCCCGGUUUCAUAAUGCUUGUUCUGCUAUGUUUACUAGUGUCUGGAUAAUUGCCUUGAGCCUCUUUAUGUUUCCCCUGAGUUCUCAUUUUUAUUUUUAUUGCCUUUCUGCAGGGAAAUGGACGAUGAAAUCCAGGCAAACCUCCCAGAUGAGGUAGGAAUCCUCCAGUGACAAAUACGGACCCCUUUCAAAGGGUGACUUAGAGGAAAUUCCUGCUUGUAUUCCAGAGCAGGACUUCCCAAGCUGGUCUCUGGACCUCUGACAGUCUACCAGCUUCGUUCAAGUGAUCCACAGCAUGUCUGCAAAAAUUCAGUUAAAAACCAUGCAGCACCUAGCACCAUUGCUCCAAGAGGUAGAAGAAUAGCUAACUGGUCCUCCGAGAUCCUCAGCAAUUUUCAAGCAGUCCUUGGAGAAAAGAAAAAGUUGGGGAACCACUGGUGUAGAGGAAUUAUGUAACAACUGCUACCAGUUUUUUUUACAUUCAAGAAGGAUCCCCUCUUCUGUCAUGGGCACGUCUUUCUCUCUGAAUUCAGUAUACACCCAUUGGUGGAAGUCACGAGUGGGGACAGUUGUGGUUGCACUUAGAGCUUCCCAUGGACAUCUGUUUGGCCACUGUAAGAAGUGGAUGCUGGACCAGAUUGUCCCCUUUUGGCCAGAGCCAGCAAGACUCAUCUUAUGUUCUCAGCUAGUGCUGGGGCACAGUAAUUUGUCCAGCAGUUUUCCAUUUUUUACGAGGUGGUGGUGGAAAUCUCCCCACAGAUACGGGCCAAUGCAUGCAGCCCUUAGAAUGGACUCAUCACAUGUGGCCUUCAGCUAGCCAAGAUAAUUCUUGAAGUGAUGGUGAAGCUUUUUGUGAGUGGUUUUUAAAAAAAUAAAAAGAGCAGCCUAUCACUUUUCCAUGCUUCCGAGCCCAUAGAACUUUGCAUAUUUAGACUUUCUAACCCUAACCUGCCUGUCUGAUCAUUCCUCUGUCUCUCCCUUCCCCAGAAAGUGCUUUCAGAAAGCGAGAUUGAUGAUAGCUUCAAGCAACUCUUUAGGCAGCUGGCGGGGGCGGUAAGUGUGUCAAAUGCGAGGGGGGAGGGUUAAAUUAGAUCCAUUCCCCAUUUAAAGGGGAACUUUCCCAACAUGCACCAUCCAAAACAAUACGUGGACCGAAAUUCAGGCAGCCUUUGAAAUCAGCCCUUCUCAGAAUUCUGCAGUGCAGUUCUCCAGCUUGGUAAAGUGUUUCCUUACUAUUUUGACCAAGCUGUGCAGGUGUGGAGCAGGUGACAGAUGGCUUCUUGCCAAAUGGAGGAUUGGCGGGCCCUGUUGAUCAGCUGAUGCUUGGUGCUCACCUCACCCACCUGUCAGAGUUGGCCAGUGGUAGGCGGAGGGGGGGUUAAGGAUCAUUAAGUUCCCCACCUUUGUCCUAGCUGAGCAGCAGAGCACUUAGUUUGCAUAUGCAAAGGUGCCCGGAGCUGUGAUGGGGAAACAGGUUCCAGGUCUGAGUAGGUUCUGAGCAAAGGGCUUGACUUCAGGCCUCUCCAGGAAUCGCCUCUUUUAAGAGUGGCUUAAAAUAACACUGAAUCUUUUUUUCCUCUUCUUUUCCGCCCUUCCUUGCAGGAUAUGGAAAUCAGCGUUCGUGAACUGCAGACUAUCCUCAACAGAAUCAUAGGGAAACGUAAGCACUGAGCCUAACUUGUUUCCUCAUCACCUUCUUCUUCUUUUUUAAAAAAGAAAUUAAAAUAGCAAAACAUUUGUCAUGCAGAAAGUCAGGGAAUGUGUGCAUGUGCGUACAACAAAUGCUGAGUAUUGUAUGCAACAGAGAAUAAAACUAAUUUGGUGAAGCUUUGUGUUGCCAGGGCCCUUUGGCAACAAGUGUUGCCAGAUUUCACCAUUUAAAAUGUUCGGACACCAGCAACCCACCACCUUCCUGACCUUGGACUUGUAACAAACCUGACAUAUAAUUCCAGGGUUUGUGGCUUCCUUGUGCCACUGUUGAGGGUCCCUUUGAACGAUUUCCGCCAUCUUUUUGCUGCGUGCAUUCAUGGGGUGUAAAAGGAAAAGCUCUGAUUGUCCCUUCUUUGCUUUUCACUGUAGAUAAAGACCUUCGGACGAAAGGGUUUAGUUUGGAGUCCUGUCGGAGUAUGGUGAACCUCAUGGAUGUAUCCUUCCUUUUUGGUUUCGGGGUCUGUGUACAGUGGUGCCUCGCAAGACGAAAUUAAUCCGUUCCGCGAGAGUCUUCGUCUAGCGGUUUUUUCGUCUUGCGAAGCAAGCCCAUUGACGGAUUAGCGCUAUUAGCGCUAUUAGCGGUUUAGCGGCUAUUAAAGGCUUAAAGGCUUAGGGGAUUAGCUGCUAAAAGGCUAUUAAAGGCUAUUAAAGGCUUAGCAGAUUAGAUAAAGGGGGGGAAAAGCGAAAAAAAAAUCUCAAGACUCGCAAGGUAUUUUCGUCUUGCGAAGCAAGCCCAUAGGGGAAUUCGUCCUGUGAAGCAACUUCAAAACGGAAAACCCUUUCGUCUAGCGGUUUUUCCGUCUUGCGAGGCAUUCGUCUUGCGGGGCACCACUGUAUUUUAAAGCAGCUCCAGGUUCUCAGUAUUUUGCAGGAGAGCACGUGCCAUCAAUUUAGAUUUGCGCUUAAUUAAAGUAGAUUAUAAUGCUCUUUUGCCCUAAUGCAAUAAAUCCACUUUUAUAAAACCAAAACAAAGCAGACUUUAAAAAUUAUUUAAAGAUGUUUAUAUAAUACUUAUUGCGCAAAAUUUAUAUACAGCUUGUUUGUAGAAGAAAAAAAACUUCAAAGUGAUUUACAAAAAAGAUAAAUUAUCACUAACAAAUCAGAAUGAAUGCUAUGUGAAGGCUGGACGUAGUUUAACCUCUGCCUAAGCUAUAUGCCUGCAAGCGCUCAACAAACUAAUUUUUUGGGAGUAUGGCAUUGGAGGGGAAGGGGAGGUGAUGGUGGAAGGAGGCGACGGCGGCAUUUUGACAGCAGUGUCUCCUUAACAUCCGCUUCCUUGAUCAGAGAGAUGGAAAUGGGAAACUUGGAUUGGUGGAGUUCAACAUCCUUUGGACCAAAAUCAGGAGCUAUUUGGUAAGCUCACAGUGUCAUCAAAGCCAUUUAUGGGUAAAAAAAACCACACAAACAUGACUACAGUGGGGUGGGUAAGUGGUGGGGUCCUCUGCCCACCCAGGUACUGUGGAGUCCAGCUCCCAUCAGUCUCAGACUGCAUAGACAGUGGUCAAGAAUGAUGGGAGCUAUAGUCCAACAACAGCUAGAGGUCCACAGAUUCCCCAUGGUUUAAAACUUGGUGCACAAAACUCUCCUGUCCAAAUAUUUCACAAAUAUCCUCUUGGUUACAUGAUUCCCCACCCCCCGCAAACCAGGAUAACUAAAUGGAAUUAUAAUUAUUUUUGUUAUUUGCAGGGAAAAGCUGGGGAAUUCUGCUUAAUUGUUUUCUGAUAUGCAAACAAUAUUUUGCAGAUAUGGACUGUUCUAAAAAUUGGAACAUAUCUAAGGAGUGGGCUGAAAAUGAGAGAGCCAAAACAAUCAAACUUUGUAAUUUGACAUCCAUUUGAUUCUUAAAAGGUGAAUGUUGAUGUCCAGUAUCAUAAUUUGAGCAUGUUAAGGAAUUUUGAAUCUGGUUCUGAAAUCUCUUCCCUCUAGAUGGGACUUAAGUCUGGAGAGUUUAGUGAUCCUUUCUGGAUCUCCCUCUAGUGGUUAGACUAUGAAUUGAUGGGUUCCUACUGGAGCCUUGGAACUCAUAAUUUAUUUUUUCCUCUGGACACCUUUGAUUCUUGGGGCUCAGCCGCUGGGUUCACUGUUGACACCUUUGGGGGCAUUUUAUCUCCUUUUCUCUUUGUUAUCUUUUAAGGCAGUCUUUAGGAAGUUCGAUUUGGACAAGUCGGGGAGCAUGAGUGCCUACGAGAUGCGGAUGGCUCUGGAGGCUGCAGGUGAUCUGCCCCUUUUUAAUUGCAUUCAGUUCUAGGCAGCCUCUCAACUGAACUAGUCCUCAAGGUGGAAUUAAAACCAAGACAUCAAUCAGAAUCAAGAAACUCAGCUAACAGUCAGGAAUCCUGGGUGGUUGGCCACUGUGGGAACAGGAUGUUGGACUAAGAUGAGCCUUUGGCCUGAUCUAACAGGACCCUUCUUGUCUUCUUUAACAUAUCCAGUUCCUUUGCCCUUUCCUCAUUAAUUGUAACUGGAAGCUGUGCAUGAAUGAAUUAGACAAAUGGGCAGUUCAGGUCCUGUGAGAAAGACACUUGUGACUUGUCUUUCCUGCUCAGCACCCAGCCAAGUGGGAUAGUGGAGAUACAGCUGCCAUAUAAGUUUUGUAUUACAAGUGUCUCAGGACUGGGAAAUUGGAUGCCCUCCAGAUGUUCUUCAACUCUCAGCUCCCAUCAGCCCCAGCUGGUAUGGCCAUAGUUUAGUAGUGAUGGGAGUUGGAAUCCUGCAAAGUCUGGAGGACCACAGGUCCCCCACUAAGGUCUAAUCUAAACUGCUGGAUUUCAAAGCACACAGCUGUCUGAAUUGCUCAUAGUCCCUCGGCUUGCUUCAAAAGUGGGAGACUCUGUUGUGUUUUUAAGAAAGCCACCCAGCUUCUGAAUGAAAUGUAUUUGCUCUUUCUUUCUCUCGCCCAGGCUUCAAGCUGAACAAGAAACUGUAUGAGCUAAUCAUCACCCGCUAUGCUGAACCUGAUCUGGCCAUCGACUUUGACAAUUUUGUCUGCUGCUUAGUGCGACUUGAAACCAUGUUCCGUGAGUGCCCUUUUCGUAGGGUGGCCGUUUCAUAUUUUGAUGUGUGACCAGGUUGUUUUAGUCUGCCUAUGGAGGGCAAGGGCAAAGCCCCCUUGCCCCACCCCCAGGACCCCAUAGCUAUUGAGGACUGGUGGAGGCUGUAUUGUCUGCACUUCUUCCCUCUUUGGGGUUCUCCUAGAAGUCAAAGGAGGCAAAGGAGUAGCAGGGGACUGCAGUGUUGGCCUUGGAGUUUAGAAAGGUGUUGGCUUUGCAUGCCCCAGUGCUCUAACUCCAGGGCUAGAGGGUUUCUUUAGGCGUGCCGAAAGGCUUUGCAAACCACCAGCAACAUUUUAAAUUUCCAUGCAGUUGCAAUAUGUUCCCCAUGCUGCUCUUAAAUUAUUUCCAAAGCAGCUUGAAAUGGGUAAGGAGGAAGCAGGCCAGCAGCCUGGUGCAUCUUUGGGCAUGCCACCCUCCUGGCGCAGCUCUUUGGAGCCUGUCCCUGGAGUCAACAGGGUUGAUCUGGGUUUGUUUCCCACCCAGAGAAGUCCUGCAGUGAAAUAUCUUGAUUUAAUUCCCACCCUCAACUCUGCCACUCACCCCACAAUCUCUCUCUUCAGGGUUUUUCCAAGCACUGGACUCAGACAAGGAUGGAAUCGUCACCUUUGACUUGGUUAAGGUAAUGCCUCUCUGAUAGUUGAAAAUAAACUGCCAGUGUCAUAAUGCUGUGAUACAAAUGUCUGGUGAGAUCACACUCGGGAUACCGUGUGCCGUUCUGGUCCAGGAACUUCAAAAAGGAUAUUGUAAAUCUGGAAAAGGUGCAGUGAAUGGCAACAAAAAUGAUUGAGGGGGUGGAACGCGUUUUCCUGUGAGGAACGAUUAUGACAUUGGGAGUUUCUGAACUACUGUUUUUAAUCCUCCUGAAAACCCACCAGCAUUUUUGCGAUAAUUUAUCCUAAUAUACACAUUUACUUACAUGCAGUGUUCCCCAAUGUGUUUGUGCAUUGUAUUACAGCCUAUGUAUGCAUUUUGUAUGCAUUAUUGCAAAAUUUGGAGAGGUGCAGAUUUUGAAGGUUGGGUCUAUGUUUCAGUUUAUGUGUUGUUUCAGAAAGCGUGAAUUAGGUAGAUUUGCUUUUGACGGUGAACUGAACUGAAUUUCUCCUCUAUUCCUCUUUUUAUCUCUCUCUCUCUCCUGCACUGCAGUGGAUACAACUAACCAUGUUUGCCUGAAGAAGAAACAGCACCAUCCCUGCACGGCUGUCUGGCCCUUCUCCUCGGACAUCUUUUGUGCUUUCGUUCUUUUUACCUGCAAGUGCCUUGCAUCACAAUGUGGUCGCUUCUUGCUUUUUCACUGCUUCCACCUCAAAUAAAGGAACAGACCCGUGCUUAAACACACACACACACACACACACACACAGCACUUCACAUUUGCCUCACGUGCCAAGGUGGACUCUCUUGGCUCCCUGCCGCCGUGCCUGGUCAUCACCUGUGACCUCAGAAGCUGUUCAGAUCCUGCGCUGCCUCCAAAGCUGCUUCUUGCUUUGAAUAACGAUCCAUAGCAAGACUCUUGCCGCACAGCUUGGCACAAAAGAGGCCUUCCUGACUUGACCUCAGGCUCCUUGUCUUUAAAAUGGGGGCUUAUCACAGCACCAACAUGAGCAGCAACGGUGGCUCUGUGGAAAAGCCCUGAGUGGGCAGUGCAUUCUGGGAACACUCUUGCCUCUUGAUGGCCAGUUUUUCAGUGGCUGCUGGCUUUGGUUAGUUUUUAGGGCUUUGUCCUGAUGUUGGCCUCCUCUUAAGUUUUUGGUUUUUUUGUCUUAAGAUGUAUGUGCAGGAUAAGGGGGGCAGCCAGAGAGCUGGCCCCACAGAAGCAUUGUUUUGAAAUAGUGAGCAAACAUCCUGAGGCACACGGCGGGGGGGGGGAGCCCUGAUGCCUUAAUUUUAAAAAAUGGGAUGUCUUGCCUUCUUUGUCCCUAUUGCUGGAUGUCUGCUCAGUCCUCCCAGUUUGCUUCUAUAGCCGUCUGGUGGAUGCCCACUCUGCAACAUAGCACUGCUUGCUGGGAAAUCUCAGCCCUCCGUCGGCCACACUUCCUUCGACUCAUUUGCCAUAUUUCUUACACUCAGGCCAUAUUUGCACUAUACAUUUAAAGCACUCUUGAAACACAUUCAACAACCAUGGCUUCCCCCAAAGAAUCCUGGGAGCUGUAGUUUGUCGAGGGUGUUGUUAUGAGACCUCUCUCCCACUCACAGAGCUACCAUUCCCAGAGUAUUUUUAAAUCAGUCCCUCUUCCCAGGGAAUUCUGGGAACUGUAGUACUCUCAGCACUCUCAACAAACACAAGUUCCCAGGAUGGGGGGUGGGUUAUAAAGAGUGCUUUAAAUGUGCAGUGUGCAUUUGGCCUCAGAUUUGCCCACUGGUAUUUCACUAUUUGCCAGUGAGAUGCCUUCUAUGUUUUUGAAACAUAUUUGCAUCAGUGCCAAAGAAAUAUUCCCACUUCUGUAACUGUUUUGGCCUCUGUAUUUUUUUAUUUGGCAAAUACAAAGUUUGGCAAGAAUGGACUGAGACCUGACAGGGGACUUUGCAGGGCUCCUUCUUCAGAUGGGAAAGGCCUGUGUCUACAUGGGGGAAGACUGAGCUUUCAAUCCCUGGCAUCUCCAGGUAGACAUAGGAGAGAACACAAUCUGGAAUCCUGGAGAGCAACUGCCAGUCAGUGUAGACAAUACAGAGCUAGCUAAACCAAAUGUCUGGUUUGGUGUAAAGCCGCUUCUGAUCUCCCUGCUUAUAUCAGCCUUUUAUUCAGAAGCAAUUGGACAGAAAUCUUAUUUUUAAGGGGAGGACUGCCUUUCAGUGGCAUGUUCUGCAGUUCAGUCCUCAGCAUCUCCAGGUAGAGAGAGGAAAGAGAACUAACUACAUGGUUCAAUGGCCUGGCUCCGCCAUAGGGUGGCUUCCUGUCUUCCAAUCUGUAUCUGGCUGCAAGGACAUCAUCCCUUUUCUCCAGCCCCAUAUUUUCCACUCGCCCGAGGGGCCCGCUUUCCCUCACUGGUGCCUGCCUUUUGGCAUCCACAGCUUCACAUCACUGACAUCUCGAGAAGUUGCCCUCGCCAGCCUUGUUCCUCUCUGACUGUUGUCCUGCCUAAAGGGUGCCUUUCUCGAAUAGGAAAUUGAUAACCCUGCAACGCCAGGAGGGCUACGGGUCCGCCAUCCCUGGGAUGAUGAUGAUAAUAAUAAUAAUAAUUGUUAUUUUUAUUUAUACCCCGCCCUCCCCAGCCAAGGCCGGGCUCAGAGCGGCUAACAACCAAUAAUAAAAACAAGUUGAUUAAAAUACAAUUUAAAAAACAAUCAAAAUACAACAUUAAAACAUUAGGAUGCAGCCUCUACACAGGAGGAGAAAGGAAAAAGAAAGAUGGGGAGGGAAUCAAACUGGUUCUAAGCCAAAGGCCAGGUGGAACAACUCUGUCUUACAGGCCCUGCGGAAAGAAAUCAAAUCUCACAGGGUCCUGGUCUCAUGAGACAGAGCAUUCCACCAGGCCGGAGCCAGUGUUGAGAAGGCCCUGGCUCUGGUUGAGGCUAAUCUAACUUCCUUAGGGCCUGGGACCUCUAGGGUGUUGCUAUAUAUGGACCUUAAGGUCCUCCGUGGGGCAUACCAGGAGAGGCGGUCUCAUAGGUGCGAUCUGGAUAAGAAACUGACUCAUGGAAAUCAAAUAGGGUCAGGCACAAAAUGAUCGGCAAUCCUGUUUGGCCAACAGUUGGGCAGGCUGCUUCCUCUCUCUGGAAGCUUCUAUGAGCAUGCCAAUGCCUGACCUCAAGGCCUGAGGGGCAGAAUUCUCCUCACCCAGAGGCCGGUUUGGGGUGAAUUGGGGCCUCCAGGCUGCAGCAGCUGAAUGCCCCUUACCCGUCUCCCCCACCCACUUCACACUUGCUCCCAGAAAGCCGCCUGAGGUGCUGCAGAAGCCCCCUCACUCCCCUCCGAGGCUGUUUCACGUCUCCCCUGAGGUGCCCAAAUGGGAGGCUUCUGAGGUGAUGUUUGCUUCUGUAAUUGCGCCAGAAGAUUCCGUUAUCAGGGAUUAUUUUACACUCCUAUGAUGCAACUGGGUACUACUGUUUAAUCUUUUUGUUUUGUAUUGUAGAAACAGACUUGUUUUAUUGCCAAAAAGAAAAGGAAAAAAGAAGUGCUAUUAUUAAAGCAAGAUGCUUGAGUCCCUAUUGGUUUCGGCUGUUUUUUGUUAAGUUUCAUUCCUUCACCACACGGUUCGAGGGGAGGUUACAACAAUAUAAAAAUGCAACCUUGAAAUAAGUUAGAAUAAUUUACAGUCGGAAGAAUAGGGUGGGCCUUAAACCUUAAACCACAACCUUUGCCCGGCUGUGAGGCGUGAAGGCCGCUCCCUGCAAGGCCCUUUCCACCUGGCCUAGGGGGCAAGGCCCAGACUCGCCAGCCCUAGAAAGAGGCUCCUCAUGAGGCCAGAGGAACAUCAACGGGCUAUUGUUUUAUUUAUUUAAUAUGCUGUAAAACGCUUAGAGAUUUUUAUUAAUAUCAGCAAGACAACGGAGAUAAUGUUGGGCUUUUGGAGGAAGAGAGAACAAGCCCCACUGUACAUCAGGGAGGGCUGUGUGGAGAGAGUCUCUUCCUUUAAAUUCCUAGGAGUUUAUCUCAGUGAAGACCUUACUUGGAAAAUAAAUACAACCCAAGUGGUUAAGAAAGCCCAACAGAGACUCAGAGCCCAAUCUCCUCAGAGUAUUGCGAAAGAACAAUGUCAAUUAGCAUUUGAUUAUCUCCGUCCACCGGUCCACAAUAGAAAGUGUCCUUUCAUACUGCGUCACCGUGUGGUAUGCUGGUUUGGCAUCAACUGAUAGGAAGUGCCUACAGAGGGUGGUGAAUACAGCACAAACUAUGAAAUGGCGGAAGAACGUUGCCUCAGGAGAGUGAGGAAAAUUCUUAUGGAAGAUUCACACCCUGACCGGCACUUUCUUGAUCUCCUGCCCUCGGGCAGAAGAUAUAGAAGCAUGAUUAGUCGCACCAACAGGGUAAAGAACAGCUUCUAUCCAUGGGCUGUUAGGAUGCUGAAUGAAAAGAUAACAACAGGGCAACUGAUUUUCGGGUUUGGUGGGUGUGCGUCAGUAAAUGAGGGGAAUUAAGACUAAGAGAGCUGAGUGGGGGGUGCUUGUGUAAUCUCACUGUAUACAAGUUGUACAAGUGACAAUAAAGUAUUUCAAUUCAAUUAUUCAAUUUCAAUUAUUAAAAAUAUAAAGCAGUAUAGAAAAUAAAAAAUUUAAAAUACAAUAAAAUAAAAUAUGUAGCAUCUGGUUCCUCCAGCCAACAGGAGAGGGACGUUCACCCGCAGAGAGGGAAUCGGUGGAGUUGGAGAAAGCAAACAGUGACCAGAUACUGAAUCUAUGCAGCUAAUUCAAGAUGGAUCCAAAACUAUUGCCCAAUUCAUCAUCUCCAAUGGACCAGGUGAGUGUGACAGUGGAAAAAUGGCCUUGUGGGCCAAAGUUAAACAGACCGCUGGCAGAGUUUACUUUGACCCUCAAACCGGAGGAUCCCUGUUUGGUUGCCUGGGAUUUGCAGCCAUUUGUGUCACAAUGCCUGGGUUCCAGUUUCCCUGGAGACGCCAGAGAAUUCCAAAGAAGUUAAAGCAGUUAAACAGAAGCAGGUUGAGGCUGAGGCGGAGAACUAGGCUGAUGGUAUGCAUCUUAAUAAUAUAAUUAAUACUAAUAAUUUAUUUUUUAUACCCCGCCCAUCUGGCUGUGCUCCUAACUAUUUCUGGUUCUCAGAGAAGUAGUCUUACUUUUUUUCUUCCUUCAGAUUUGCACAGACUCCCAAAAGCUUCCCAACCAAACAGUAUUAAAACUGUGCGCUGAAAAUUUACAUUUGUCAGUGUGCUUUAGCGCACUUCCUGGGUGAGGAAAUUAAAUGAAAUAAAUUUGAAAACUACCGACUCUUGACCUUUUGGGCUGCCCAUUCCUCCUUGGCCACUAUUGUGCCUCCAGGCCACCAGCUCUGACAGACACAGUUUAUUUUGGCCAACCGACAUCUCUCUUUUUGUCUUCUCCCAGUUUGAGACCAUCCAGGGGGCAGAGCCCCCAAGAAGAGGAGUCGCCUUGUGGUGAGGCCUUGGGCUGAAGGUGAGCUGAUCCUGAGUGGUACAGGGAAGGGAGAGAGGUUACUGGUUUCCAUAGAAACACAUCACCUGUCAUUUCCCUAGAAAAAAGAUGUUCCUAAGAGAUUUGCCCUGCACAACAAAUUGGGUGCUUGGGGUUUAUUGACCCCCAAGGCUCUCACUGGCCCCUUUUGAUAUAUGUAGGCAUCCGUCUGUCUCCGGAGACAACGGAGGAGUAAGGUCCUUUUGGGGUGAGGCCAAACUGCUGGAAGGUGGCCUGCUGUGGCCGUAGAGGCUGAUAGGGGAGAGAUGUGUUUUGUUGCAUCUGGGGCAGAGGAAGGCAUCCAGUUGUAUUGCUGCAGGUGCACCAGGGCAUUUCUUCUCUCUACACUCCUCCUAGCGGUCGUUCCUCCUCCAGUCACUGCUAUGGAUACAUAAGUGUUAGGCUUUCAUGCACUGCAACCCAGUUCAUCUCAGGGCUCUCCAUAGCCAAUUGGUGAGUCACAAAGCCUUAAUCAGAUUAGGAACGGGCCAAGACGUUCCCCUGCCCAUUGUAAGAGAGGGCAUCAGUGGGAGCUGCAAAAGCAUUCCCUCCUCCUCGCAUUCUAGAUGUUGCCUUCCAUGUUUCCCAGUCACCAUCCCAUAUUUGAAUCUGGGCGAGGGAGAGGAAGCGCACCAGUUCAGCUCAGCUUUUGAGAAAAUAACUAUUAUGGGGGUUGUUAUAAGGAGUCAUUAUUUCUCCUUUAGUACCAUAGUUUGGCAGGCUAGCCAGCUGGCUGGCUGUCCUAGCAAAGGUAGCUACUUGUGGGUGUCAAUGGGUAAGAGAGCAAUCCCAAGUCUCUUAGGAGGGCAUCACUGGGGCUGGUGGGUGCUCUGGAGCUCCUCCUCCAUGGAAUGAGAGGGAGAUGCACCUGCAGGCCACAGAGAGGGAUGUCUGAAGAAGUGGGGAUCCUCUCUUGACAGGCACCAGGAGGUUCUGCUGCUCUUGCUGCCCCACCAGCAGCCAAGGCAUAAAGGAGGCUGGGGAAACCCAGCCAGAUGGGCAGGGUAUAGAUAAUAAAAAUAAAAUUCCACGAGAUUGUCAGGGGUGGAUAUGGGAAGCCGGAUGCAAACAGAGGCAAAGUUAGGAUCCACACAUGCUUCUAGCUCCAGAGAUUUUAGCCGCAAAAAUACUCAAAAGGUGUGGGUUUUUUCUUUGUUCCUUCUGCUAUACACAGGAAAUCGCGCCAAGGAGUGAAGUGCAUUGCAAGAUCCUAUGAGCACCCUCUUUCUCCUCGCUCCACUCAUAGCCACCCCAAAAGCAGCUGUCUUCCUCCUUAGCUCCGCCCUGGGAUAAGUCCCCCUCAUCCUCGAACCAGACUAUGGUCUCCCUGCUGGUCUCCCCUGAAGAUAUCCCCAUCCCCCCUGAGUCCCCCUAAGAAAUUGCUCCACUCCUCUGCUUCCUCUCCAUUCAGCCCGCCCGGGAAUAUGCCUUCUUACCCCUGAAACUCUCCCAGAAUAUGCCCCAUUCCCCCUGAAAUUGGGCCAGAUUAUGCUUCCUGAUAGUUGGCCAGAACAUGCCCCGUUGCUACCUGAAGCUUGGCUAGAACAUGCCCCGUUGCCCCCAGAAACUUUCCCAGAAUAUGCCCCCUUGCCCCCUGAAACUGGGCCAGAAUAUGCCCUCUUGCACCCUGAAACCUGGCCAGAAUAUGCCCUCUUGCACCCUGAAACCUGGCCAGAAUAUGCCCUCUUGCCCCCUGAAACUUUCCCAGAAUAUGCCCCCUUGCCCCCUGAAACUCUCCCAGAAUAUGCCCCCCUGCCUCCUGAAACUCUCCCAGAAUAGGCCCCCUUGCCCCCUGAAACUUUCCCAGAAUAUGCCCCCUUGCCUCCUGAAACUCUCAGGGGGCAAGGGGGCACAUUCUGGGAAAGUUUCAGGGGGGAAGGGGGCAUAUUCUGGGACCCUUUCAGGGGGCAAGGGGACAUAUUCUGGGAACGUUUCAGGGGGGAAGGGGGCAUAUUGUGGGAGAGUUUCAGGGGGGGAAGGGGGUAUAUUUUGGGUGAGUUUCAGAGGGGAAAGGGGCAUAUUCUGGGAGAAUUUCAGAGAGCAAGGAGGCAAAUUGUGGGAGAGUUUCAGGGAACAAGGGGGCAUAUUCUGGCAGAGUUUCAGCGAGAAGGGGGCAUAUUCUUGGAAAAUUCCUAGAAAAUAUGCCCCCUUGGCCCCUGAAAGUCUCCCAGGAUAUAGAGCGCAGUUGCAACAGGGGUUACCACUCCCAAACGUCCAAUGUGGUACGAAGGAAGGCAAACCCCGAACAAAAGAAGGCAUGGAGUUUUAUACUUUACUUACAGCACAGAGGAAUAUGUCAGAGGAGGGGCGAUUCCAGAGAUUACAGGUGAGCAGUUGUGAGAAAUAUUUGGUAAAGUACAGUUGUUAUGACAGUUAUUAACACUUCAAUGUUUACAUGCAAAGUUCUUAAGUGGUGUUGACAAAGAGAGGAAGGUUUGCAGAUGACUGUUAUGGCUAUUUCUCAGCCCAUCCAGUCCAUCAUACUGAUACCUCUCUAUUGUGAUUUUAUGAUUACAGGGAGAAUCUUGAUGGUUCUGCCUGGAGCUUUUCCUCCAGGGAAGAAUGACUAUGGGCUUUGGGCGAUUCUGGAGCUUAUGUUGAUGUUCCAGAGCUUAUGCUGA